AUGGGCAGAGAGAGCGAGCAGAAGAGCGGAGAGAGCGGAGACGGCCCAAACCAGAACAAAGACACAGAGAUAAGUUCUAGUCGCUGUUUUCUGUCUGCUUGGAGUUCUUUCUUUUUUUUCUUUCUUUUUUCUUAUUGCUUUUUUCUUUUCUUUUCUCUUCUGUCCUCUCUCCAUCUCCAUCUCUCUCUCUCCGUCUUUCUAUCCUUCUCCCUCUCUCCCCACCUCCCUCUAUAUAUCGCCGUCUCUCUAUCUCUCUCUUUCUUUUUUGUUGUUAUUUAAUUUUAAUUUUAAAACUGUUACGGAGUUUGAUGGCUGUGAAAGAAGAAAACUGAGUAUGGAUCAACAACAUUGUAGUAAAUCCACAAUAUUAACCUAAAUGACAGAGUGAAAUAAAGGAAACCGGUACAGACUAAAAAUAUUUCAAAACAUGCAUUCUGUUUGCAACAAGGCACUACAGUAACACAGCAAGAAAUGUGGCAAAGGAAUUAACUUUUUGGCCUGAAUACAAAGUGUUAUGUUUGGGGCAAAUCCAACACAACACAUCACUGAGUACCACUCUUUGUAUUUUCAAGAAUGGUGGUGGCUGCAUCAUGUUAUAGGGUAUGCUUGUCAUCUGCAAGAACUGGGGAGUUUUUCAGGAUAAAAAUUAAUGGAAUGCAGCUAAGCACAGGUUAAAUCUUAGAGAAAAAACCUGGUUCAGUCUGCUUUUCACCAGACACUGGGAGACAAAUUCACCUUUCAGUAGGACAAUAACCUAAAACACAAGGCCAAAUCUACACUGGAGUUGCUUAGCAAGAAGACAGUGAAUGUUCCUGAGUGGCCUAGUAACAGUUUUGACUGAAAUCUGCUUGAAAAUCUAUGGCAAUACUUGAAAAUGGCUGUCUAGCAAUGAUCAACAGAGCUUGAAGAAUUUUGAAAAGAAUAAUGGGAAAAUAUUGCACAAUCCAGGUGUGCAAAGCUCUUAGAGACUUACCCCAAAAUACUCACAGGUACAUUAUCCAUUUCAAAUUAUACGUUUAUAAAACGUACCUGUAGGCUGCCACUCAAAAGAAAGACAAAUAAAUCAGUAAGAAAUACAUACAGAGUUUGUUAUAAACAGGAAAAGAAAAGAAAAAUAAGUGGGCCUUCACCCCCAACCUCCCAUCCCGUUCCCCCAACCCCACCCAGCCACCAUGUCUCCACCCCCAUCCUCUUAUCCCGUUCUCCCCAACCACCAUGUCUCCACCCCAACCUCACAUCCCAUUCCCCCCAACCCCACCCAGCCACCGUGUCUCCACCCCCAACCUCCUAUCCCGUUCCCCCAACCCCACCCAGCCACCAUGUCUCCACCCCCAACCUCCUAUCCCGUUCCCCCAACCCCACCCAGCCACCAUGUCUCCAUCCCCAACCUCCUAUCCCGUUCCCCCCAAACCCCACCACCAUGUCUCCAUCCCCAACCUCCCAUCCUGUUCCCCCAACCCCACCCAGCCACCAUGUCUCCAUUCAACCUCCCAUCCCGUUCCCCCAACCCCACCCAGCCACCAUGUCUCCAUUCAACCUCCCAUCCCGUUCCCCCAACCCCACCCAGCCACCAUGUCUCCAUUCAACCUCACAUCCCGUUCCCCCAACUCCACCCAGCCCCCAUGUCUCCAUCCAACCCCCCACCCAGUGGUGGAAAAAGUACCCAAUUGUCAUACUUGAGUAAAAGUAAAGAUACCUUAAUAGAAAAUUACUCAAGUAAAAGUGAAAGUCACCCAGUAAAAUACUACAUGAGUAAAAGUCUAAACGUAUUUGGUUUGAAAUAUACUUAAGUAUCAAAAGUAAAUGUAAUUGCUCAAAUAUACUUAAGUAUUGAAAGUAAAAGUAAAAGUAUAAAUCAUUUAAAAUUCCUUAUAUUAAACAAACCAGACGGCACCUUUUUCUUGUUUUUAAAAUGUACGGAUAGCCAGCGGCACACUCCAACACAUAAUUUCCAAACAAAGCAUUUAUGUUCAGUGAGUCCGCCAGACCAGAGGCAAUAAGGAUGGCCAGGGAUGUUCUCUUGAUAAGUGCGUGAAUUGGACCAUUUUCCUGUCCUGCUAGCCAUGCAAAAUGUAGCAAGAACUUUUGAGUGUCAGGGAAAAUGUAUGAAGUAAAAAGUAUAUUAUUUUCUUUAGGAAUGUAGUGAAGGAAAAGUAAAAGUUGUCAGAAAAUAAAUAGUAAAGUAAAGUACAGAUACCCCAAAAAACGACUUAAGUACUUUUAACCAGUACUUAACACCACUGCCCCCACCCCCCACUCCCAGAGACCGUUUCCCACCCACCUAUCAACUAGGGUUGCUCGUCAGUCACCCACCACCCCCCCACUGCCCCACCCUCCUCCCGGCCACCAGAGAAAACCCUGCCCAUACCACCCCUUCCCCGUGGGCCUGAAAGCAAAGAUAGUUUAGCUUUAGCUGAGAUUGGGAUCCUUAGUGGCGCAGGUCUGUAGUGACAGGUGUCACUACAGACCCGGGUUCGAUCCCGGGCUGUAUCACAACCGGCCGUGAUCGGGAGUCCCAUAGGGCGGCGCACAAUUGGCCCAGCGUCGUCCGGGUUAGGGGAGGGUUUGGCCGGGGUAGGCCGCCAUUGUAAAUAAGAAUUUGGUCUUAACGGACAUGCCUAGUUAAAUAAAGGUUAAAUAAAUAAAAUAAAGAUGAUUCUUUACAGAGUCAAGUAUAUUUGUCCAGGCCUCAAUUGUUCCUUGACUGGCACCAUUCAAUCUCGCUGUCGAUAAUUCUAAUGGUAUAACUUCUAAUAUUAACUGUAUCCAUGGCGAAUGUCUUUCUCUUGUUUUCCACCUUCACUCUUGUUUUUCUCAAUGGUGUGUUGUUCCAGUUUAUCUCCAAAAGAUUGAGUUUAUCUCCAUGCUGUAGGUAUGCCUGACAACCAGUAUCCUGUUAGGAUAGAGGUGAUAAAUCGCUGGAACACUGAUUUGAUGUUGAACUAUGUUUGACUGAGGGAUGUGAUUUAGAAGGUUAGCCAACCUUGUUUUUUUGGAGAUGAGCACAGAGAAUGCAUCUAAGCUACUGAAUCCUUCUGGAGAAAAUAGUCUUAUUAGAUUUAAAAAAUAAAUGCCUUUACACUUUCAGGUUUUGCAUAAAAGUUUUGGGAAUCAUUCUAUCAUACCAAUGUAUACACAUAGCUAUGUUGUUUAUGGCAGGUUAUCCUCCCUGUGCUUGGGUACUAUUAGACCCAAGAGCUUGCAAGCAUCAGCAUGCACAUUCACAUCAUUCCUACCCUCUGGAGUCGUAAACGACAUACCAACAUAUUGGAGCUGUUUCGCUGUUAUUGUGUGUCAGAGAGCAGAGAGACUUUUAGUGUCUGUGCAUGGAGCAGCAGGCCCAUAAUCAAAACCUAUCCAUUUAGAGAGACUUCUCUGUCAUUUAUAUGGGGCUGCCUGCCUGCUAGCUAUACCCUUCAUUACAAUAUCAAUGCCCUCUCCUGGUGUAACCCUCCAUAAUAUUGAGGCUGAAGUGUAGUAAGAUGACUGAGGUUACAGAAUGCUCCAAUAUCUACACUAGCACACCACUUAGAAUGCAUUCCCAAUACAUUGCUUAGUUCAUUCUAGUGGAUCAUUCUUCAUUCUAGAACUAAAGUAGAGAUAUUAGCACAGAGCCUGGGCCUCUCAGUCCGGCCUGCCAAUCAAACUGUCAUAACUCAGCUUCCUGUUGAAAUGGUGCAUCAUGGUCUGGGCAGUCUGCCUCAUGAUGACAGAGCCUUUUAAUGUAUUUAUUAUCUAUCAUUCUAUUAUUUAUCAGUUUUAGUCACUUGGCGCACUGAGCGGUGCUGGAGGUCAGAAUGACAUGCCUUUCUCAUACUGAUAGAUAGAACACCCAUGUAAUAAAAAUCCUUGAGGUGUUCAAUAAAUCUUGCAGUUGAACAGAUAUAAAAAUAUAAAUAGAUCUGGAAGGGCUUUGUGCAGGUGCCAUGAAUGCACAUAGAUGUAGCCCAUUGACUGUCUGUACUAUACACAGUACCUGCUGUAAUGUAUACACUCUUAGAAAAAAGGUGUUAUCUAGAACCCAAAAGGGUUCUUCGGUUAUCCCCAUAGUAGAACCAUUUGAAGAACCCUUUUUGGUUCCAGGUAGAACUCUUUUGGGUUCCUUGUAGAACCCUUACCAAAGAGGGUUCUACAUGGAACCCAAAAGGGUUCUACCUAGAACCAAAAAGGGUUCUCCUAUGGGGACAGCAAAAUAACCCUUUUGGAACCCUUUUUUCUAAGAGUGUAAGGUUAUUUGCUAAGUAAUGUGUUACCAAAUGUUUUCUUACUCUGUUCUCUUCCAGUCAGUCGCUGUUCAUUGGAAGAUGACUGCCAGUUAGAGAAAUAAGAAGUAGAUUGUUGCUCAGGCUGUCUUUCUGAGUGAAACCCCUCUGUCUUUGUCUGGUUGUCCAUGGCGAUGGCUGACGCCCUGUCACUGUCAGCCAGUGUUCUAAUCCUCAACCCCCUCAUUUGCAUAAAUUAGCAUACACUGGAACACAACAGCUGCACUGAUGUGAUUAUUGCAAAUUAGAUAAGAUUUACUAAUUCAGUUAACUUAUUCUAAUUCAGUCACACAGACAUAGCUUUAAUCACGUUCCCCUGGUCACCAAUAUCUGUUCUGGUGUGUUCUGGGUCGUAUUCAUUAGGCACAAAACAAAAGAAAAUGGACUGAAACAGGGAGGGACUACUUGAACUUGUCCAAUAAGAAACACUCGUUUUAGAUUUUCCAUUAAAAACGUUUUGCUACACUUUGCUACGAUGUGCCCUAAUGAAUACAGCCCUGGUGCCCAUCUGUAGUGUGGUGUGGUGUGGUGAGGGUUUAGGUGGGAGGGAAUGGCGAGGGUGCGCCACACAGCAUCUUUCAGUGACAUACUUUAGUUUGAAAUAGGUUAUCCUAGUCUAGCCUACCUCAUUGCGCUAACAUUUAUUCAUCUCCAUCCCCCAUAAUGCCCCAGAAUCAAAAGAUUCCAUCCUCCCCUCCUCUAACAAUUUCCAUCUUCAGCUUGGCUAGUAGCAACAUCUCCAGAAAUUCGCAUACAAAUAAAUGGAAUGCAUAUAAAACAGGACUUGAAGCUGUUUCUUCAUGCAAGGGGUGCGGUGCUAUUAAUUUAUAGUAGAAAUGUAAGCAGUUUCCGUAACGCGAUAUCAACUACCAUGCCCUACAGUCAAGCUAAAGCAGAAAACAUUGAGUGAAUAAUAAUAUUUAUUUCAGUCUCAUUUUUAAAAGAGCUAAAUCCUUAUGCUGUUUUGUGUAACUGUGUGAAAAAAGGCACUCACGUUUGUUUUGAAUGUUUGCUGCCGGUGUCUGAUGUUGAUGGGAAGUGAACAGACUGUUGUUUAUCACUGUGUUUAUCACCGGAGAGGCAUGAGAUGCAAUGACAUUGUGAGCUCUGACACAAUAUCACAGCAAAGCAAGGCCUCACUGUGACAACACUGCAAAUAAAGAUUUGAAAAUAGCCGUUAGCAUUCACAACGAGCUCCACAACAAUGAUUUGAAAAUUGCAGUUUGAAUUUCACAAUGACCUCCACAACAAUUAUUUGAAAAUAGCAGUUUGCAUUCAUGAUCAUAAGAAGCUCGACAACAUCCCACAAAUAGACACCACUGCACAGUAGCUGCUAUAACCAGUGAUAAACACAUGAAUAUACAGUAUGUACAGUAUGUGUCUAUGGCUAUAACCAGUGAUAAACACUGUGAAAUUGUUAGAUAUUACUUGUUAGAUAUUACUGCACUGUCGGAGAUAGAAACACAAGCAUUUCGCUACACCCGCAAUAACAUCUGCUAAACACGUGUAUGUGACCAAUAAAAUUUGAUUUGAUUUGAUAUCUGAUAUGUCUUCAGAGCAGCAUUGAACAUUCUCACUGAUUAGGCGCUGAAGAGGCUGUUAAAAGCAGUAAACAGAAUAGCGGUUUAAUACAUCCAAUAACGGAAUAACAAGAGUAGUAUAAAAGAAAGAUCCAAAACAGGAUGUUCUAAUCUAAACCUACAGCUGAGGUUUGGUGGGACUGACCUAAGUGUACUCUGCUUUUCUCUCAACCACUUUAUGUUAUGUCAUAUUAUUAAGUAUCAUGCAUAAUCGGUGUGACAUAAACAUGGUAACAAGCUGUCUUGCAGGAAGUACUGUGCAUUGCUUUUCAUUCAAGCACUUAUGUCACAUUAUUAAGUAUUAUGCAUAAAAACUUGAUGGUCUUCAGAGAUAGAUGGGAGGGGUUGACGGUAGCUGAAAGAUGGGACUAAAAACAAACAAAAGAUAACUAUUAUAUAUACAGUGGGGAGAACAAGUAUUUGAUACACUGCCGAUUUUGCAGGUUUUCCUACUUACAAAGCAGGUAGAGGUCUGUAAUUUAUAUCAUAGGUACACUUCAAAAAUCCAGAAAAUCACAUUGUAUGAUUUUUAAGUAAUUAAUUUGCAUUUUAUUGCAUGACAUAAGUAUUUGAUCACCUACCAACCAGUAAGAAUUCCGGCUCUCACAGACCUGUUAGUUUUUCUUUAAGAAGCCCUCCUGUUCUCCACUCAUUACCUGUAUUAACUGCAAUUGUUUGAACUCGUUACCUGUAUAAAAGACACCUGUCCACACACUCAAUCAAACAGACUCCAACCUCUCCACAAUGGUCAAGACCAGAGAGCUGUGUAAGGACAUCAGGGAUAAAAUUGUAGACCUGCACAAGGCUGGGAUGGGCUACAGGACAAUAGGCAAGCAGCUUGGUGAGAACGCAACAACUGUUGGCGCAAUUAUUAGAAAAUGGAAGAAGUUCAAGAUGACGGUCAAUCACCCUCGGUCUGGGGCUCCAUGCAAGAUCUCACCUCGUGGGGCAUCAAUGAUCAUGAGGAAGGUGAGGGAUCAACCCAGAACUACACGGCAGGACCUGGUCAAUGACCUGAAGAGAGCUGGGACCACAGUCUUAAAGAAAACCAUUAGUAACACACUACGCCGUCGUGGAUUAAAAUCCUGCAGCGCAUGCAAGGUCCCCCUGCUCAGUCCAGCGCAUGUCCAGGCCCGUCUGAAGUUUGCCAAUGACCAUCUGGAUGAUCCAGAGGAGGAAUGGGAGAAGGUCAUGUGGUCUGAUGAGACAAAAAUAAAGCUUUUUGGUCUAAACUCCACUCGCCGUGUUUGGAGGAAGAAGAAGGAUGAGUACAACCCCAAGAACACCAUCCCAACCGUGAAGCAUGGAGGUGGAAACAUCAUUCUUUGGGGAUGCUUUUCUGCAAAGGGGACAGGACGACUGCACCGUAUUGAGGGGAGGAUGGAUGGGGCCAUGUUUCGCGAGAUCUUGGCCAACAACCUCCUUCCCUCAGUAAGAGCAUUGAAGAUGGGUCGUGGCUGGGUCUUCCAGCAUGACAACGACCCGAAACACACAGCCAGGGCAACUAAGGAGUGGCUCCGUAAGAACCAUCUCAAGGUCCUGGAGUGGCCUAGCCAGUCUCCAGACCUGAACCCAAUAGAACAUCUUUGGAGGGAGCUGAAAGCCCGUAUUGCCCAGCGACAGCCCCGAAACCUGAAGGAUCUGGAGAAGGUAUGUAUGGAGGAGUGGGCCAAAAUCCCUGCUGCAGUGUGUGCAAACCUGGUCAAGACCUACAGGAAACGUAUGAUCUCUGUAAUUGCAAACAAAGGUUUCUGUACCAAAUAUUAAGUUCUGCUUUUCUGAUGUAUCAAAUACUUAUGUCAUGCAAUAAAAUGCAAAUCAAUUACUUAAAAAUCAUACAAUGUGAUUUUCUGGAUUUUUGUUUUAGAUUCCGUCUCUCACAGUUGAAGUGUACCUAUGAUAAAAAUUACAGACCUCUACAUGCUUUGUAAGUAGGAAAACCUGCAAAAUCGGCAGUGUAUCAAAUACUUGUUCUCCCCACUGUAUAUACAACCGUUCAAAAGUUUGGGGUCACUUAGAAAUGUCCUUGUUAUCCAUGAAAACAUACAUUAAAUGAGUUUGAAUAGGAAAUAUAGCAAAAUGAAUAGGAAAUGUAGUCAUUGAUAAGGUUAGAAAUAAUGAUUAUUAAUUGAAAUAAUAAUUGUGUCCUUCAAACUUUGCUUUCGUCAAAGAAUCCUCCAUUUGCAGCAAUUACAGCCUUGCAGACCUUUGGCAUUCUAGUUGUCAAUUUGUUGAGCUAAUCUGAAGAGAUUUCACCCCAUGCUUCCUGAAGCAUCUCCUACAAGUUGGAUUGGCUUGAUGGGCACUUCUUAUGUACCAUACGGUCAAGCUACUCCCACAACAGCUCAAUAGGGUUGAGAUCUAGUGACUGUGCUGGCCACUCCAUUAUAGACAGAAUACCAGCUGACUGCUUCUUCCCUUAAUAGUUAUUGCAUAGUUUGGAGCUGUGCUUUGGGUCAUUGUCCUGUUGUAGGAAGAAAUUGGCUCCAAUCAAGCGCCGUCCACAGCGUAUGGCAUGGCGUUGCAAAAUGGAGUGAUAGCCUUCCUUCUUCAAUAUCCUUUUUACCCUGUACAAAUCUCCCACUUUACCACAACCAAAGCACCCCCAGACCAUCACUGCCUCCACCAUGCUUGACAGAUGGCAUCAAGCACUCCUCCAGCAUAUUUUCAUUUGGUCUGCGUCUCACAAAUGUUCUUCUUUGUGAUCCGAACACCUCAAACUUCGAUUUGUCUGUCCAUAACACUUUUUUCCAAUCUUCCUCUGUCCAGUGUCUGUGUUCUUUUGCACAUCUUAAUCAUUUCUUGUUAUUGGCCAGUCUGAGAUAUGGCUUUUUCUUUGCAACUCUGCCUAGAAGGUCAGCAUACGGGAGUCGCCUCUUCACUGUUGACGUUGAGACUGGUGUUUUGUGGGUACUAUUUAAUGAAGCUGCCAGUUGAGGAACUGUGAGGCGUCUGUUUCUCAAACUAGACACUCUAAUGUAUUUGUCUUCUUGCUCAGUUGUGCACCGGGGCCUCCCACUCCUCUUUCUAUUCUGGUUAGAGCCAGUUUGCGCUGUUCUGUGAAGGGAGUAGUACACAGCGUUGAGCGAGAUCUUCAGUUUCUUGGCAAUUUCUCACAUGGAAUAGCCUUCAUUUCUCAGAACAAAAAUAGACUGACGAGUUUCAGAAGAAAGUUAUUUGUUUUUGGCCAAUUUGAGCCUGUAAUCGAACCCACAAUUGCUGAUGCUCCAGAUACUCAACUAGUCUCAAGAAGGCCAGUUUUAUUGCUUCUUUAAUCAGCACAACAUUUUUCAGCUGUGCUAACAUAAUUGCAAAAGGGUUUUCUAAUGAUCAAUUAGCCUUUUAAAAUGAUAAACUCGGAUUAGCAAACACAACGUGCCAUUGGAACACAUUUCUAAGUGAACCCAAACUUUUGAACGGUAGUAUAUAUAACGGGCCUCUGUACGCCUAUGUAGAUAUUCCAUUAAAAAUCAGCAGUUUCCAGCUACAAUAGCCAUUUACAACAUUAACAAUGUCUACACUGGAUUUCUGAGCAAUUUGAUGUUAUUUUAAUGGACAAAAAAAAUGCUUUUCUUUCGAAAACAAGGACAUUUCUAAGUGACCCUAAACUUUUGAACGGUAGUGUAUAUAUAUAAUAGUUAUACAUAUAUAUAUUUACAAAAAUAUAUAUAAUGGGGGAUUGGAAAUGAUGCAGACAAUUACAUUGAUUGAAGCCACAAUCUAUCUGCAAUAUUAAAGCUGAUCUACCCUCUAAUAUAAAAAUAUAUAAAAAUAAUAAUUUAAUGUGCACCAUCAACGUGGCAUAAGGACAUUGUGCACAGUAAGCCAGGCAGUCUUGCAGGAAGCUUCCCAAAUCAGAUGUUCAUUGAUGUGAGAGCCAGAGGUCCAACAAGAUAAAAAAUAUCUUGCAAAUCCAAAAUGCCAGUACAGUAUUUAGAUCAUUAAUAAAAGCCAAUGGAAAAUAAGCUUGAUGUGUUUUAUUUUUGCCUCUGUGGCAGCAUGCUGUGACCUGUUCUAAAUCCAUGUUUUAUUGAUGCAGAUUUUAAUGACUCACACUCCUUUUUAACGAGACAGUUUAUUAAAGUUGGUUUUAAUGCAGCUUCACUAUUAUGCCAGAGUUAGCAUGACUAAACGUCCCUCUCUGGAGCUGCCUGAGUCCCAUCCAAUACACUGACUGCACACUAUACUACACACACUGCAUAGACCGCUCAGCCAUGAUUUUACAUAACAAAGUGCAUUUCUUCAUUUCUUCCAGCCAAUUUCUGAAUACUUAAUCAAUCGUGGACAGACUACGAAAAUAUAAAGGGUACCGUAGAUCUUUCAUGAUACAACGGGAUGCGUAAGAUCAGCAGCAUUUAGUUCCGGUGCUUGGGUUUUUCCAUCACUGGUUAUUUGGACAAAUCACGAUUUUCACAGGUGUUAGCAUCUUUUGAAUUUUGGAAGGGGAGGGGACAUUUGUUUCAUAGACUCGCCCGUAACUUGCAAAGAGAGAGGGUGGAGCUCUUCGUUCCGGUUCCGAUCAUCAUUCUAUCUCUUCUCUUAACACUUAUGGACCCAGAACUUAAUUGAGCAUCUGACCCAUUACGCAACACUUUAGUUCUGGGUUAACCGAGAUGACUGAAUACUCAUGCUCCAGGUAGUUUGUUACAGUGUAUUCUGUAUUUGUUACUGUACACAUAGACUACUAGUUACAUAUCGUAUAUUACGUAUGGUACUACUUAUGUAAACAAAUAAUCAUUAUGACAGUCAUUUAUGUAUGUAAUUUGAAUGUCUUCUCUGUGUUUUUUGUUUGCAGUAUUGGCUAGACCCCUCAAAAACCCUUUCAGAACACAAAGAUUUAAUAACAAGUAAGUAUCUCUUCCUUUCUCUGCAUUCAGUUGAGUUGAAUGCCUCUCAGCUGUUUGGAUACAGACAGUGACUUGAAGUAGAAGUUUGCAACUGCUGCUGAAAUCUCUCUCUCUCUCUCUCUCUCUCUCUCUCUCUCAGCAGGGCCUCCAUACACACUCUAUUUUGGGGUCAAGUUUUACGCUGAGAAUCCCUGCAAGCUAAAAGAAGAAAUAACAAGGUAUGACUUAUUGGUAAAGUACUAGAUUUCUCCACAUAAUAUCAUGGUGGCUGCUAUGCUAUAUAUCAGAGGUAGGCAACCAUGUUCCUGGAGUGACGCAGGUACUGCAGGAUUUUGUUCCAACUAGGCACCACACCUGACCAACUGAGCUAAUUGAUCAGUUCAGGGAUUGCCUAAAUUCAACACACCUGGUCUUCCAGGUCAGUUAAACCAAAAACAUGAAGUGCCUGUGGCACUCCAGGACCGGUGUUGCCUACCCCUGCUAUACUGUAUAUCAUUGAACAAUCAUCCAGUCACACAUACAGUAUAAAAGCUUACAAGCAGAGUACAGGUGGACCGUAUCUGUCUGCUUGUUGUGUCCUUAUCUAUGGCAAUAUGAAAUAGCUUGUACUGUAUUUCAUGUGCUAUAUGGAUGUGUGUCUGUGUGUGUCUCUGGGUACUGUAGGUACCAGUUCUUCCUGCAGGUGAAGCAGGACGUACUACAGGGUAGAAUCCCCUGUCCCCUCGACAUCAGCGCCCAGCUGGCUGCUCUGGCCAUACAGUGUGAGUACACACAGAGAGGCAGAGAGAGAGGCAGAAAGAGAGAGAGAGGCAGAGAGAGAAGAGACAGAGAGAGAGACAGAGAGACAGUGAGAGAGACAAAGAGAGAGAAGAGACAGAGACAGAGAGAGAGAGACAGACAGAGAGAGAAGAGACCGAUAGAGAGACCGAGAAGAGAGAGAGCGAGAGAGAAGAGAGAGAGCUAGAGAGAGAAGAGACAGAGAGAGAGAGAGAGAGAGAGACAGAGAGAGAGACAGUCAAUUUGGCAUGAGGGUCUGCUAUACAAAUUGAAGGAAAGUGGUGUUGGGGGAAAAACAUACGACAUUAUAAAAUCCAUGUACACAAACAACAAGUGUGCGGUUAAAAUUUGCAAAAAGCACUCACAUUUCUUUCCACAGGGCCGUGGGGUGAGACAGGGAUGCAGCUUAAGCCCCACCCUCUUCAACAUAUAUAUCAACGAAUUGGCGAGGGCACUAGAACAGUCUGCAGCACCCGGCCUCACCCUACUAGAGUCUGAAGUCAAAUGUCUACUGAUUGCUGAUGAUCUGGUGCUUCUGUCCCCAACCAAGGAGGGCCUACAGCAGCACCUAGAUCUUCUAAACAGAUUCUGUCAAACCUGGGCCCUGACAGUACAUCUCAGUAAGACAAAGAUAAUGGUGUUCCAAAAAGGUCCAGUUGCCAGGACCACAAAUACAAAUUCCAUCUAGACACCAUUGCCCUAGAGCACACAAAAAAACUAUACAUACCUCGGCCUAAACAUCAGCGCCACAGGUAACUUCCACAAAGCUGUGAACGAUCUGAGAGAGAGGCAAGGCAAGAAGGGCCUUUUAUGCCAUCAAAAGGAACAUAAAAUUCCACAUACCAAUUAGGAUCUGGCAAAAAAUACUUGAAUCAGUUAUAGAACCCAUUGCCCUUUAUGGUUGUGAGGUCUGGGGUCCACUCACCAACCAAUAAUUCACAAAAUGGGACAAACACCAAAUUGAGAUUCUGCAUGCAGAAUUCAGCAAAAAAAUAUCCUCAGUGUACAACGUAAAACACCAAAUAAUGCAUGCAGAGCAGAAUUAGGCCAAUACCCGCUAAUGAGCAAAAUCCAGAAAAGAGCCAUUAAAUUCUACAACCACCUAAAAGGAAGUGAUUCCCAAACCUUCCAGAACAAAGCCAUCACCUACAGAGAGAUGAACAUGGAGAGGAGUCCCCUAAGCAAGCUGGUCCUGGGGCUCUGUUCACAAACACAAACAGACCCCACAGAGCCCCAGGAGAGCAACACAAUUAGACCCAACCAAAUCAUGAGAAAACAAAAAGAGAAUUACUUGACACAUUGGAAAGAAUUUACAAAUAAAUGGAGCAAACUAGAAUGCUAUUUGGCCCUAAACAGAGAGUACACAGUGGCAGAAUACCUGACCACUGUGACUGACCGAAAAUGAAGGAAAGCUUUGACUAUGUACAGACUCAGUGAGCAUAGCCUUGCUAUUGAGAAAGGCCGCCGUAGGCAGACCUGGCUCUCAAGAGAAGACAGGCUAUAUGCACACUGCCCACAAAAUGAGGUGGAAACUGUGCUGCACUUCCUAACUUCCUGCCAAAUGUAUAACCAUAUUGGAGACAGAGACAUCCCUCAGAUUACACAGACCCACAAAGAAUUCAAAAAACAAAUCCAAUUUGGAUAAACUCCCAUGUCUAUUUGGUGAAAUACCACAGUGUGCAAUCACAGCAGCAAGAUUUGUGACCUGUUGCCACAAGAAAAUGGCAACCGGUGAAGAACAAACGCCAUUGUAAAUACAACCUAGAGUUGAAGUCGGAAGUUUACAUACACCUUAGCCAAAUACAUUUAAACUCAGUUUUUCACAAUUCCUGACAUUUAAUCCUAGUAAAAAUUCCCUGUCUUAGGUCAGUUAGGAUCACCACUUUAUUUUAAGAAUGUGAAAUGUCAGAAUAAUAGUAGAGAAAAUGAUUUAUUUCAGCUUUUAUUUCUUUCAUCACAUUUGCAGUGGGUCAGAAGUUUACAUACACUCAAUUAGCAUUUGGUAGCAUUGCCUUUAAAUUGUUUAACUUGGGUCAAACAUUUCAGGUAGACUUCCACAAGCUUCCCACAAUAAGUUGGUUGAAUUUUGGCCCAUUCCUCCUGACAGAGCUGGUGUAACUGAGUCAGGUUUGUAGGCCUCCUUGCUCGCACACACUUUUUCAGUUCUGCCCACAAAUUUUCUAUAGGAUUGAGGUCAGGGAUUUCUGAUGGCCACUCCAAUACCUUGACUUUGAUGUCCUUAAGCCAUUUUGCCACAACUUUGGAAGUAUGCUUGGGGUCAUUGUUCAUUUGGAAGACCCAUUUGCGACCAAGCAUUAACUUCCUGACUGAUGUCUUGAGAUGUUGCUUCAAUAUAUCCACCUAUUUUUCCUUCCUCAUGAUACCAUCUAUUUUGUGAAGUGCACCAGUCCCUACUGCAGCAAAGCACCCCCACAGCAUGAUGCUUCCACCCCCGUGCUUCACGGUUGGGAUGGUGUUCUUCGGCUUGCAAAGAACCCCCUUUUUCCUCCAAACGUAACAAUGGCCAAACAUUAUGGCCAAACAGUUCUAUUUUUGUUUCAUCAGACCAGAGGACAUUUCUUCAAAAAGUACAAUCUUUGUCCCCAUGUGCAGUUCCAAACCGUAGUCUGGCUUUUUUUAUGGCGGUUUUGGAGCAGUGGCUUCUUCCUUGGUGAGCGGCCUUUCAGGUUAUGUCAAUAUAGGUGUCACGGAUUCUGCCGAGGCUGCUCCUCCUCCUUGCUCGGGCAGGCUUCGGCGUUCGUCAUCCCCGGAGUACUAGCUACUGCCGUUCGAUGUUAUCGGUGGUUGUUUAGUUUUGUCUGUAUUGUUUACACCUGUUCGUCAUUAUGUUUAAUUGUUUCCCUUAUAUUACCCCUGUCUCUCAUCAGGACAUUGUGUGUGAUUGUUUUUCCCUUCACGGUUGUCAUUUUAGUGAGCGGGUUAUUUCCUCCCUGCGUGGAGUUAUUUCUGUGUCCUUUUGGAUCCUUAUCGGAUUAAAGUACGUGUCCGAGAGUUCUGUGUCCUGCGCCUGACUUCUUUUACCGCAUCUCACCGACAGUCGUGACAAUAGGACUCGUUUUACUGUGGAAAUAGAUACUUUUUUACCUGUUUCCUCCAUCAUCUUCACAAGGUCCUUUGCUGUUGUUCUGGGAUUGAUUUGCACCAAAGUACAUUCAUCUCUAGGAGACAGAACGAGUCUCCUUCCUGAGCGGUAUGACGGCUGCGUGGUCCCAUGGUGUUUAUACUUGCAUACUAUUGUUUGUACAGAUGAACCUGGUACCUUCAGGCGUUUGGAAAUUGCUCCCAAGGAUGAACCAGACUUGUAGAGGUGUACAAUGUUUUUUCUGAGGUCUUGGCUGAUUUCUUUUGAUUUUCCCAUGAUGUCAAGCAAAGAGGCACUGAGUUUGAAGGUAGGCCUUGAAAUACAUCCACAGGUACUCCUCUAAUUGACUCAAAUGAUGUCAAUUAGCCUAUCAGAAGCUUCUAAAGCCAUGACAUCAUUUUCUGGAAUUUUCCAAGCUGUUUAAAGGCACAGUCAACUUAGUGUAUGUAAACUUCUGACCCACUGGAAUUGUGAAACAUUGAAUUAUAAGUGAAAUAAUCUGUUUGUAAACAAUUGUUGGAAAAAUUACUUGUGUCAUGCACAAAGUAGAUGUCCUAACCGACUUGCCAAAACUAUAGUUUGUUAACAAGAAAUUUGUGGAGUGGUUGAAAAACGAGUUUUAAUGACUCCAACCUAAGUGUGUGUAAAGUUCCGACUUCAACUGUAUGUUUAUUUAUUUAUAUUUUUGUACUUUAACUAUUUGCACAUCAUUAUAACACUGUAUAUAGACAUAAUAUGACAUUUGAAAUGCCUUUAUUCUUUUGGAACGUUUGUGAGUGUAAUGUUUACUGUUAAUUUGUUAUCGUUUAUUUCACUUUUGUUGAAUAUCUAUUUCACUUGCUUUGGCAAUGUAAAUAUAUGUUUCCCAUGCCAAUAAAGCCCUUAAAUUGAAUUGAAUUGACAGAGAAGAGAGAGAGAGAGAGAGAAAGAGGCAGAGAGAGAGACACAGAGAGAGAGAGAGACAGAGAGAGAGAGACAGAGAGAGAGAGACAGAGAGAGAGAGAGACAGAGAGACAGAGAAGAGAGAGAGAGAGAGAGAGAGACAGAGAGAGAAGAGACAGAGAGACAGAGAAGAGAGAGAGAGAGAGAGAGAGACAGAGAGAGAAGAGACAGAGAGAGAGAGAGAGAGAGAGAGAGAAGAGAGAGAGAGACAGAGAGAAGAGAGAGAGAUAGAAGAUAGACAGAGAGACAGAGAGAGAAGAGAGAGAGAGAAGAGAGAGAUAGAAGAUAGGUAGACAGAGAGACAGAGAGAGAGAGACAGAGGUAUAUAGUGCAUUCGGAAAGUAUUCAGACCCCUUGACUUUUUCCACAUUUUGUUACGUUACAGACUUAUUCUAAAAUGGAUUAAAUAAAUGUUUUUCCUCAUUACUGUCACGCCCUGACACUCGUAUAUGUUGAGUCAGGGUGUGUAUGUUCUAUGUUGUGUAUUUCUAUGUUGGUUUUCUAGUAUGUCUAGAUCUAGGUUGGCCGGUGUGGUUCCCAAUCAGAGGCAGCUGUCGCUCGUUGUCUCUGAUUGGGGAAAAUACUUAGGCAGCCUAUUGGCACUAGUGGGUUGUGGGAUCUUGUUCCGUGUGAGGUUUGUUGUGUGUACCUUAGGACGUCACGUAUCGUUAGUUUAUUGUUUUGUCGUUGUGUUUAUUCGUUAAAUAAACAUGUUGGCAUAUCACGCUGCGCCUUGGUCCUUCUCGUUCAUCAACGAUCGUGACAGAAGAUCCCACCUGACCUGGACCAAGCAAUGUGCCGAGGAGGAGCAGAGAGGAUGGACUUGGCAGGAGAUGAGAGAGGAGCUGGCAAGAAAGAGGGAGGCCCUGAUCAGGGUGUAGAGGCAAUCCCAAAAAAAUGUUUUGGGGGGGCACACGGUGUGGACGACGAGGCAGCAGGAGGCCGCGACAGGGCGGAUCCGCUGGUUAGUAGAGGAGGCCACCAGAUUAGGGGGGCCAUUGGUUCAGAGGGAGCAGAAGGAAAGUGUAGAGGCACGGUGAGAGGAGCUGGUUAGGCAGCAGAAGGAGCGGGGGUUAAUGAAGGAUCCCAGUCCCGCUCCUCGCACCAAUCAAGUGGUGCGUGUCGCCAGUCCGGUCCGGCCCGUUCCUGCUCCCCGCACUAAGCCAGUGGUGCGUGUUCCCAGUACGGCCCGACCAGUUCCUGCCCCUCGCACCAAGCCAGUGGUGCGCGUCGCCAGCCCGGCCUGUUCCUGCCCCUCGCACCAAGCCAGUGGUGCGCGUCGCCAGCCCGGCCCGGCCUGUUCCUGCCCCUCGCACCAAGCCAGUGGUGCGCGUCGCCAGCCCGGCCCGGCCUGUUCCUGCUCCCCGCACUAGGCCAGUGGUGCGCGUCGCCAGUCCGGUACGGCCCGUUCCUGCUCCCCGCACCAAGCCAGUGGUGCGCGUCGCCAGCCCGGUCCGGUCCGUUCCUGCUCCCCGCACCAAGCCAGUGGUGCGUGUGUCCAGUCCAGCACGGCCCGUGCCUGUUCCACCGGUGCCUGGUCCGGCACCGGUCAGCUUGCCCACUCCGGAGCCAGAGCAGUCCGCUCCACCGGUGCCCAGUCCAGCUCCGAUCAGCGGCUCCAGUCCGGAGCCUGUGCAGUUCGCUCCACCGUCGUCGGGUCCAGCUCCAGUCAGCGGUUCCAGUCCAGACCCAGACGUCCGCCCCUCUCCAGGUUCGGGGUCUCCCACACCAGGGUCCAGACAGGGCUUGGUACUUCGUGGGAGGAAGAAGAGGGGAAGCAGCGCGCCGAGGUCCAGACCAGACCAGGGGCGCAACAGGGAGGCGGAGAGUAAGAGGUCGUCACGCCCGGAGCCGGAUCCGCCUCCGAGGCGGAAUGCCCACCCGGCCUCUACCCUGUUAUGUUUAUGUUGCGCGGUCGGAGUCCGCACCUUUGAGGGGGGGUACUGUCACGCCCUGACUCAGGGGACUCGUAUAUGUUGAGUCAGGGUGUGUAUGUUCUAUGUUGUGUAUUUCUAUGUUGGUUUUCUAGUAUGUCUAGAUCUAGGUUGGCCGGUGUGGUUCCCAAUCAGAGGCAGCUGUCGCUCGUUGUCUCUGAUUGGGGACAAUACAUAGGCAGCCUAUUGGCACUAGUGGGUUGUGGGAUCUUGUUCCGUGUGAGGUUUGUUGUGUGUACCUUAGGACGUCACGUAUCGUUAGUUUAUUGUUUUGUCGUUGUGUUUAUUCGUUAAAUAAACAUGUUGGCAUAUCACGCUGCGCCUUGGUCCUUCUCGUUCAUCAACGAUCGUGACAAUUACCCCAUAAUGACACAGUGAAAACAGGUUUUUAGAAAUUUUUGCAAAUGUAUAAAAAAACAAAACAGAAAUACCUUAUUUGCGUAAGUAUUCAGACAUGAAAUUGAGCUCAGGUGCAUCCUGUUUCCAUUGAUCAUCCUUGAGAUUUGGAAAGGCACACACCUGUCUAUAUAAGGUCCCACAGUUGACAGUGCAUGUCAGAGCAAAACCAAGCCAUGAGGUCGAAGGAAUUGUCCGUAGAGCUCCGAGACGGGAUUGUGUCGAGGCACAGAUCUGGUGAAGGGUACCAAACAUUUCUGCAGCAUUGAAGGUCCCCAAGAACACAGUGGCCUCCAUCAUUCUUAAAUGGAAGAAGUUUGGAACCACCAAGACUCUUCCUAGAGCAGGCUGCCCGGCCAAACUGAGCAAUCGGGGGACAAAUGUCAAAAAACAUGUUUUUGCUUUGUCAUUGUGGGGUAUUGUGUGUAGAUUGAUGAUGGGGAAGAAACAAUUUAAUACUUUUUAGAAUAAGGCUGUAACGUAACAUAAUGUGGAAAAAGUCAAGGGGUCUGAAUACUUUCUGAAUGCACUGCAAAUAGUGAAUAAAUAGAGAUUAGUAUUAUGUGAUGCCACUAUUCUUAGUAGUAUGUGAUCUCUCACACAGUCAAAAUGUGUGCAUGCGUAUGUGUGUGUGUUUGUGUGUGUAUGCUUAUGCUCAUUCGUCUGUCUUUCACUAUUUCUCUCCAGCCGAGCUUGGCGAUUACGACCCGUACAAACAUGUGUCGGGAUACGUGUCAGAGUACCGCUUCGUCCCGGACCAGAAAGAGGAACUGGAGGACGCAAUUGAGACAAUCCACAAAACUGUAAUGUAAGAAAGCCCUCUCCUCUCCUCUCUCCUCUCCUCUCCCGCCUUCUCUCCUCUCCUAUCCUAUCCUCUUCUCGCUCCUCUCUCCUCCUCUGCUCUCUCCUCUCCCCUCCCUUCUCCCCUGUCCUUUCUCCUCUUCUCCUCUGUCCUUUCUCCUCUUCUCCUCUCUCCUCUCCUCUCUUCGACCUCUAUGACAGCCAGCCUAAUCCCUAAUCCCAGUCUGAUUCCCUCAUAGCAGGUUCCCCUCUCUCUCCACUGUACUAUACGUCAGAUAUAAUCCAACUGUUAUUGUUACUGUACAGUGUUAAAGUGUUAAAGUGUCUGGGUUGUGCAGUCAGUCUCUGAUGGUGUAUUAAUAACUUAGUCAAUCUCUGAUGGUGUAUUAAUAACUUAGUCAGUCUCUGGUGGUUUAUUAAUAACUGAGUCAGUCUCUGGUGGUGUAUUAAUAACUUAGUCAGUCUCUGGUGGUGUAUUAAUAAUUUAGUCAGUCUGGUGGUAUAUUUUUUAAUAACUUAGCCAGUCUGGUGGUGUAUUAAUAACUUAGUCAGUAUCUGGUGGUGUAUUAAUAACUUAGUCAGUAUCUGGUGGUGUAUUAAUAACUUAGUCAGUAUCUGGUGGUGUAUUAAUAACUUAGUCAGUCUCUGGUAGUGUAUUAAUAACUUAGUCAGUAUCUGGUGGUGUAUUAAUAACUUAGUCAGUCUCUGGUAGUGUAUUAAUAACUUAGUCAGUAUCUGGUGGUGUAUUAAUAACUUAGUCAGUAUCUGGUGGUGUAUUAAUAACUUAGUCAGUAUCUGGUGGUGUAUUAAUAACUUAGUCAGUCUCUGGUAGUGUAUUAAUAACUUAGUCAGUAUCUGGUGGUGUAUUAAUAACUUAGUCAGUCUCUGGUGGUGUAUUAAUAACUUAGUCAGUCUGGUGGUGUAUUAAUAACUUAGUCAGUAUCUGGUGGUGUAUUAAUAACUUAGUCAGUCUCUGAUGGUGUAUUAAUAACUUAGUCAGUCUCUGAUGGUGUAUUAAUAACUUAGUCAGUCUCUGAUGGUGUAUUAAUAACUUACCUAAUGGAACAUCUGUCUCAUAAUACACAAAACUGUAAUGUAAAUAAUCCCUCUCCUCUCUGGUGGUGUAUUAAUAACUUAGUCAGUCUCUGAUGGUGUAUUAAUAACUUAGUCAGUCUGGUGGUGUAUUAAUAACCUACGUAAUUGAACAUCUGUCUCAUAAGGGAUUAUCUGCAGUAUCUGAUCUAAUCAUUUCUCAGAAAGCAAGGGAAUCGUUUAACUCUGUUGUGACUUUUAACUUGCUGAGAUAUAACAUGUAACUACAGAGAUGACUUCAUCUGUAACUGUUUACUAGUUCUGGUACUGUAAUACUGAACCCUAGUUGAGUCCUUCUUUUUUCUUUUCUGAAGGGGUUUUUCCCUCUCAAAACAAGACUGUUGACAAAGGCAUACUGUUAUCUCUUUGAUAUAUUAAUAAUUUAUUUGCUUAGGGAAAUGAGGUUGGAGACAUCUGAGAAUUUCUCCACUAUCGUUCAAUUUCAUCUUAAAGUGGUCCACUACGGUGGUAAUCCCAUGGUUCCUUGGCUGGGUGGGAUAUCAGUUCCCGGGAAUACCAUUGGGAAUCCUGCACUGUGGGAUGUUGUGUGUGAUAAUAAGGAUUCCUGGCUCUGCUCCCUACUCUUUGAAAUAGGAGCUAAGAGCCCUACAGUCCUAACAGGCCAGAGGUGACCUAUGGACAGCUCAAUCACCUGCCUGGUAUGUUGAAGUGGCUUGGAGGGAGUGUGUGUGUCAGUAUGUGUCUGUGUGGGUGUGUGGUGUGUUUCACUACCUCUCCUGCUGUAGGGGUAUAGGAUAGGGGUGACCAACAGAGCUGUAGGGGUAUAGGAUAGGGGUGACCAACAGAGCUGUAGGGGUAUAGGGGUAUAGGAUAGGGGUGACCAACAGAGCUGUCACAGAGAAGAAAAGACCAGAGUCGUGAUCAUGAGAGCUAGAGCCAUGAAUGACUGACUUCUCCCACACUAAAAUGAUAAUUAACCCCAGGUCUAUCAAGGCUAAAGGACGGCAGCCCCCAAUCUGCAUUAGGUCAGAUUACACAGUGCUGCCAGGACCCCGACCCUAUUUGUGAGGAUUAUGGAUUACAGCUGUGACGGCUGGUCUGCUCUGACGAACACACUCCUCAUUGUCUCAUAGACACACAGAGGAUAGGCUGAAAGCAGGGCUAAGGUGAGAGGAGGCAUGCAGGGAGAGAGAGGGGGGAUAGAGAUAUUUUUGUAUUGUUUGUUUCACUUUUGUUUAUUAUCUAUUUCAUGCCAAUAAAGCCCCUUAAAUUGAAAUUGAGAGAGAGAGAGAGAGAGAGAGAAAGAGAGAGAGAGAGAGAGAGAGAGAGAGAGAGAGAGAGAGAGAGAGAGAGAGAGAGAGAGAGAGAGAGAGAGAGAGAGGUGAAUUACAUGGUAAUAUAACAAAAAGACAGACUGACAUAGACAGACAGACAGACAGACAGGAUUGAAAAGAGAGAAAUAUCCAUUUGAUAUAAUAUAUAAUUAUCCAAAGCGACUUACAGUCAUGUGUGCAUAAAUUUUUACGUAUGGGUGGUCCCGGGGAUCGAACCCACUACCCUGGCCUUACAAGCGCCAUGCUCUACCAAUUGAGCUACAGAGGACUUUGUUUGAUAAUCUCAUAUUGAAAUGUGAUUAUAUGAAUCUGGUCAGUUCAGUGACAGUGGCCAUUAAACCAAUGUUGACAGUAUGAAAGUGUUAAAUAUUUGAUAUUAUGGAUUUUACCAUCAUAUGAUUAUGGUUAUCCAUCCAUUCCCUGGUGUUGUUUGUGUAUUCCAGACAGUGGCAUGGACUACAGUAUCGUGACAGUGAAGUGAUUAUGUGGUUUAAUCUCAGUGUGAAGCAGGAUAAAGAGCCAGCUCCUCUCCACUAAUGUCCUCUCCAUUACACCAACACAAUCUCCCCAUGCAGCCCCCGGCGGCCUGACACACAAUCACACACACACACACACACACACACACACACACACACACACACACUAUAAUGACCCAGCCCCACUAUACCCUCGCUGCAGCCAAUCCUGGGCCUUUCUCUGUGGAUAACAACAUUCUCCUCGCAGUCAGACAGAAACUGAUACAAAUGUAUCCAGUUUAUUAUUUUAUAACAGAAACCUAUAGGGUUGGGCCUCCCGAGUGGCGCAGCGGUCUAAGGCACUGCAUCGCAGUGCUACAGAAGUCACUACAGACCCGGGUUCGAUCCCAGGCUGUUUCGCAGCCGGCUGCGACUGGGAGACCCAUGAGGCGGCGCGCAAUUACCCCUCCCCUGGGUUAGGGGAGGGUUUGGCCGGACGGGAUGUCCUUGUCCCAUCGCGCUCUAGCGACUCCUUGUGGAGGGCCGGGCGCAUGCACACUGACUUCGGUCGCCAGUUGUACUGUGUUUCCUCCGACACAUUAGUGUGGCUGGCUUCCGGGUUAAGCGAGCAGUGUGUCAAGAAGCUGUGCGGCUUGGCAGGGUCGUGUUUUGGAGGAUGGCUCUCGACCUUCACCUCUCCCGAGUCCGUACAGGAGUUGCAGCAAUGGGACAAGACUGUAACUCCCAAUUGGAUAUCACGAAAAUCAAAAUUCUCAGACUGAGACACAUCAUAUACCUUUAUACAUUACAUUUCUUCUUACAGUGUCAACCCCAUAAGUCCUGAAAGUUGUUAGUCUAUGACCAUACAUCCCCUUAAUGUUGUUGAGAAAGACAACAGGCAGCUAUCAAUGACUAAGAGACAGUGAUCAUCAUUUGGUUUUGCUCUAUUCCCUCUGGGGCCUCUUAGCUCCUCUUAGCUUCUCUCUCUCGCUCUCGCUCUCUCUCUCUCUCUCUCUCUCUCUCUCUCUCUCUCUCUCUCUCUCUCUCUCUCUCGCUCUCUCGCUCUCGCUCUCGCUCUCUCUCUCUCUGUGUGUCUCUGUCUCUGUCUCUGUCAGUGCUGCUGUGACUGAGUGUAACACUGGAGGGUGAUGCUCAGCCCUCAGCUCCGUGGCCUGCUGAUGAGACUCGAGCCUGGGUCAUUAUUUACCCAGUGAGCUAAGCGUCCUGUGGAAAGAGGAGAGUGGAGCAGGCUGGUCUGAUUGGUGAUCAGUCACUAGGGGGUUCAUCCAGGCAUCCUCCUUUCCUCCCACCGCUGUCUGACUGAUGAUCAGAGAGAGGCUGGGGUAUGGGACAGAGGAGAGGAAGAGGGGAGGAAGAGAGACAGAAGUAGCGGGAGGAAGAGAGUAAUAGAGAGAGAGAAGGAGUGGGAGAAGAUGCAGAUAGAUAUAGAGAGAGGUUGUUAUAUGAGGAAAAAAGGGGAGGCAGUGGGAAGGAAGAGAGAGAGGAAGAGAUAGACGGAGGGACUCAGAAGGAGAGAGAGACCUGGGCCCUGACAGUAAAUCUCAAUAAGACAAUAUUCUAUGCCUUCUAUGCCAUCAAAAAUAACAUAAAAUUCCACAUACCAAUUAGGAUAUGGCUAAAAAUACUUCAAUCAGUUAUAGAACCCAUUGCCCUUUAUGGUUGUGAGGUCUGGGGUCCGCUCACCAACCAAGAAUUCACAAAUUGGGACAAACAACAAAUUUAGAAUUCUGCAAAAAUAUCCUCAGUGUACAACGUACAACACCAAAUAAUGCAUGCAGAGCAGAAUUAGGCCGAUACCCGCUAAUGAUCAAAAUCCAGAAAAGAGCCAUUAAAUUCUACAACCACCUAAAAGGAAGUGAUUCCCAAACCUUCCAUAACAAAGCCAUCACCUACAGAGAGAUGAACCUGGAUAAGAGUCCACUAAGCAAGCUGGUCCUGGGGCUCUGUUCACAAACACAAACAGACCCCACAGAGCCCCAGGACAGCAACACAAUUAGACCCAACCAAAUCAUGAAAAAACAAAAAGAUAAUUACUUGACACAUUGGAAAGAAUUAACAAAAAAACGGAGCAAACUAGAAUGCUAUUUCAAAGAGUACACAGUGGCAGACUACCUGACCACUGUGACUGACCCAAAAUUAAGGAAAGCUUUGACUAUGUACAGACUCAGUGAGCAUAGCCUUGCUAUUGAGAAAGGUCGCCGUAGGCAGACCUGGCUCUCAAGAGAAGACAGGCUAUGUGCACACUGCCCACAAAAUGAGGUGGAAACUGAGCUGCACUUCCUAACCUCCUGCUAAAUGUAUGACCAUAUUAGAGACACAUAUUUCCCUCAGAUUACACUGACAAUAAAUGCCAAUAAAGCCCCUUAAAUUGAAUUGAAUUGAGAUACAGUGGAAGAGAGAGAGAGAGAGAGAGAGAGAGAGAGGGAAAGAGAGAGAGAGAGAUGCUGCAGUGUGAAAACAAGGGGAGACAAGAGGACAGGCAGAGGAAGGAAAAGAGAGGUAGAAGGUGCUGUGGGGGGGGUGAUAGAUACAGAGAGAUAGACAUAGUUCUCUCAAAAGCCUGUGGAUGUCAACCUCACUGUGAUCUGCUAUGUAGAACACCCAGCACCACACCCCUUGUCAUAUAUCUGCUGCUCUCUGACUCUCUUCCACUUCCUAUUCCUGUCUCGUCCGUCCAGGCGGCCUCGGUCCCACAGGCAGCAGGCAGGCAGGCCAGGCGGGAAGAAAUUAGGCCAACCAAACACACUAACGACACACACACACACAGCCAGGCAGGCAGACGUGGGGCCAAACGGAGGGAUGAGUGUCCCUGUCCCCGCCCGUUGUGUCACGGCUCCAUGGAGCCCCUGCCUCCACCCCGGAGCGUCCGUUAAUAACUCCCCGUUCCAAGCCACUCAACCACCUAACUGCAUUUAUACCGACAAUCAUCUCAGCCCUGGCCCGGCUACCUACAAAGAACAUGUGAACAGAAUCCAUAAUGGACUGGGAAAGAAGGAUGAGAUUGUGUCUUCAGGGUAUGGAGGGAGAAGGGAGGUGGGAGGAGCUCUAGGGGUCACACUUCAACAGGCUGAAUGAGUCUGAGUCUCUGUGUUACUAAUGUGUGUGAUCAGGAGAUCAAUGAUACGGCUCGAGAGCAGAGAGGGAGGAGAGGAUGCAUCACUCCUCUAACCUCUAACAUGAGGAGGGAGAUGUGGGCACAGUAUAUGGAGUUUACCAAAGCCAGAGUUUACACUGCAGACACACUGCUUAUAGUCCAGAGAUUACAGUGUGGGUUGCACGAUACAUACAAUAAUACCUUUGUGACAGAGGUAUUCCAUCACCCUUUAUCCACAUUCAUAGAUAUUUUCACCAUAUUGUAGACUUAGUUGACAGUUGGUACACGAUUCACUCUCGAUAAACAUAUCGUAUGUACACAGCAAAGCACAGGCAGUUGUUCCAUACCUGUGUUCUCCUAGACUGCAUACUUUUGGUUUUUAAACAUGACUCUCUCUGUAUGACAUUGUAGUUAAUGAGUAAUAGGAGAUACAUAACCCAGUCCCCAACCUAGUUGUUAACAUGGAAUGUUAGUAAAUAGGAAUGUAGAAAAAGCAUUACUGAUUAGAUGAGGAGGGGGGAAAGUAUGUUAUGUUACGUUUUUGAAAAGUGUAUUAGUUUCAUUUGAGUUUAUUUAAUUGUCGUCUCGUGGGACCAGACAAGUCUGUCUCUGAACAUUUAAGUCUGGCAUGUAAGAUUACUUGUAUUGUAGUUCCUUAUUAUUAUUAAUAUUAUUAUUAUUAUGAUAUAUAACCUAUUUAUCUCAGUGUUGCCACUUCAGAGUGAAUCCAUUGUAUUGUAUCUGUCCACACUGCAUACAGUACUCUAAAACACUCUAGCUAUAAUCUCUCUACCUAUAAUUACCUCUGUUGUUGACCAGGUAUGUCAUCAUGUUAGAUUUACUGUUAUUAGACUGGGCGAUUCAUGACAGUUAAACAACUCUCCAUCCCUGCUGUAAUACUGUCAUCAGGGGUGAAGUACAACACAAUAAAUAUCAACUUUCCAUUUAUUUUGGGUGUUCUCUUGUUGCACUGCAUUCCACCAACAGUCACUUAGUGAUUUGUUACAUGGCUGUUUCUAAACACUUAGCUUUAGAUGUUUCUAAACCCUUAGCUUUAGAAUAGAUAAAGGUAUCUAGAUGUACUAAGUAGACUGUACAAUAUAAUGUUAGACUACGGUAUGUAUACUUGUAGGUGUAUACUAGCUCAUGUUAUACCAUGUAUACAGUAAGAUGUAUACUUGAUAAUGUUAGACUACGGUAUGUAUACUUGUAGGUGUAUACUAGCUCAUGUUAUACCAUGUAUACAGUAAGAUGUAUACUGGAUAAUGUCACACUAUGUAUACUUGUAGAUACACACUAGAUAAGAUGUCCUUCUAUGUGUUUGUCUAUGGGCUUGAAAGCCUUUCCUGAUGCUUCACCAACAAGAUACCAUCUCUGUGUUUCAGGGAACAGGUUCCCUCCAAGGCUGAACUCAAUUAUCUAGGAAUCGCCAAAACACUGGAUAUGUACGGAGUCGACCUUCACCCUGUCUUCGUAAGUAGGAGCUGGACUCGCUGACUGUGGAGAAGACUGGGAUGCUUGUUAGAGCUGUAUUCUGUGGUUUAUCACAAUCACCUUAACCUUGAUCAUAUUCCUUCUUAUUUUCCUAGUCUCUCUGUGUGGAGAGAUGACUGUUUUACUAUGUUCUUACCCUUUGACACAUACGUUAAUAUCCUGACUCUGUGUUAUUGCUGGUUGGCACUUAGUAUGUAAAUUGUGUUUGGAAUAAUACCUGUUAUUGUGGUGUGUUUCAGGGAGAGAAUCAAUCUGAAUACUUCCUGGGGUUAACACCUAUUGGAGUUGUUGUCUACAAGAACAAAACACAAGUUGGGAAGUAUUUCUGGUAGCUAUUGUUUUUGGAUGAUUUGUAUACCCUGUAGGAGUAAAUAAUGACUAUGAUGGUUUGACCUAUAACUCCCAUUUCGGGCUCUAUUUUAACAAACCUAACACAAUGGUAAAUCUAAGUGCAGGCGGUAGCGCUAUAGGUUCAGGGAUGUGUUAGAAAUACUUUUGCUAUUUUCACUAUCACAAUUAUCGGCUCACUUGCUGGCGUUGGUGCGAAAGGGCGGGGUUUUGAUGAAUAAACAAGUUGUGGUUGUGCUGAGGCUUGGCCCCUCACUGGCCAAUCAGAACGUGCUCCUUGGUGAAAUAUGUGGUUGCUUCAAGUUGUGUAUUUACGGUAUUUUAUGUAUUGCCUUGGAAUCAACUCCAAUUCCAAUGUUAGUCCUUUAUAGUUUGUUAAAUGGCUUACAGAAACAAAAUAGCAAAAUGUAGACCUAUCUUUGCUAAAGACGUUACUUUCAACCCAUUUGCAGUCCACAUUGUUCUAAGUAAUUGUAUGGCUUCAAUAGCAUUCACACUGAUCUAGGGGCUAGGCCUACUGUAAAUUGCAUUGUGGCUGAGCAUGGACAUGCCAAACAUUGUCAAUAAGCAAGACUAAAUUAAUUAUUGUUAAGGCCUAAAAAGAGAACGAAUAAUUUGAAUCAAAUUCUAAACAAAACAACAACUUGUUUUUAAUAGGCUAUGUCACACUUACAGGCACCAUCAUUUCUUCCUGUGGGAAUACUGUGAGGGAAAAAGUAUUUGAUCCCCUGCUGAUUUUGUACGUUUGCCCACUGACAAAGACAUGAUCAGUCUAUAAUUUUAAUGGUAGGUUUAUUUGAACAGAGAGAGACAGAAUAACAACAAAAUCCAGAAAAACGCAUGUCAAAAAUGUUAUAAAUUGAUUUGCAUUUGAAUGAGGGAAAUAAGUAUUUGACCCCCUCUCAAUCAGAAAGACUUCUGGUUCCCAGGUGUCUUUUAUACAGGUAACGAGCUGAGAUUAGGAGCACACUCUUAAAGGGAGUGCUCCUAAUCUCAGUUUGUUACCUGUAUAAAAGACACCUGUCCACAGAAGCAUUCAAUCAAUCAGAUUCCAAACUCUCCACCAUGGCCAAGACCAAAGAGCUCUCCAAGGAUGUCAGGGACAAGAUUGUAGACCUACACAAGGCUGGAAUGGGCUACAAGACCAUCGCCAAGCAGCUUGGUGAGAAGGUGACAACAGUUGGUGCGAUUAUUCGCAAAUGGAAGAAACACAAAAUAACUGUCAAUCUCCCUCGGCCUGGGGCUCCAUGCAAGAUCUCACCUUGUGGAGUUGCAAUGAUCAUGAGAACGGUGAGGAAUCAGCCCAGAACUACACGGGAGGAUCUUGUCAAUGAUCUCAAGGCAGGUGGGACCAUAGUUACCAAGAAAACAAUUGGUAACACACUACGCCGUGAAGGACUGAAAUCCUGCAGCGAACGCAAGGUCCUCCUGCUCAAGAAAGCACAUAUACAGGGCCAUCUGAAGUUUGCCAAUGAAUAUCUGAAUGAUUCAGAGGAGAACUGGGUGAAAGUGUUGUGGUCAGAUGAGACCAAAAUGGAGCUCUUUGGCAUCAACUCAACUCGCCGUGUUUGGAGGAGGAGGAAUGCUGCCAAUGACCCCAAGAACACAUUACAUUUACAUUUACAUUUUAGUCAUUUAGCAGACGCUCUUAACCAGAGCGACUUACAGGAGCAAUUAGGGUUAAGUGCCUUGCUCAAGGGCACAUUAACGUCAUUUAGCAGACGCUCUUAGCCAGAGCGACUCACAAAUUGGUGCGUUCACCCUAUAGCCAGUGGGAUAACCACUUUACAAUUUGGGGGGGGGGGGGGGGGGGGUUAGAAGGAAUACUUUAUCCUAUCCCAGGUAUUUCUUAAAGAGGUGGGGUUUCAAAUGUCUCCGGAAGGUGGUGAGUGACUCCGCUGUCCUGGCGUCGUGAGGGAGCUUGUUCCACCAUUGGGGUGCCAGAGCAGCGAACAGUUUUGACUGGGCUGAGCGGGAGCUAUGCUUCCGCAGAGGAAGGGGAGCCAGCAGGCCAGAGGUGGAUGAACGCAAUGUCCUCGUUUGGGUGUAGGGACUGAUCAGAGCCUGAAGGUACAGAGGUGCCGUUCCCCUCACUGCUCCAUAGGCAAGCACCAUGGUCUUGUAGCGGAUGCGAGCUUCAACUGGAAGCCAGUGGAGUGUGCGGAGGAGGGGGGUGACGUGAGAGAACUUGGGAAGGUUGAACACCAGACGGGCUGCGGCAUUCUGGAUGAGUUGUAGGGGUUUAAUGGCACAGGCAGGGAGCCCAGCCAACAGCGAGUUGCAGUAGUCCAGACGGGAGAUGACAAGUGCCUGGACCAGGACCUGCGCCGCUUCCUGUGUAAGGCAGGGUCGCACUCUCCGAAUGUUGUAGAGCAUGAACCUGCAGGAGCGGGUCACCGCCUUGAUGUUGGCGGAGAACGACAGGGUGUUGUCCAGGGUCACGGCUAGGCUCUUCGCACUCUGGGAGGAGGACACAGCGGAGUUGUCAACCGUGAUGGCGAGAUCAUGGAACGGGCAGUCCUUCCCCGGGAGGAAGAGCAGCUCCGUCUUGCCAGGGUUCAGCUUGAGGUGGUGAUCCGUCAUCCAUACAUAAUGUUUCCACCCCCACCGUCAAACAUGGAGGUCAUCCAAAAGUUAUACUUAAAUCCGAACUGGUUCUCAAGCAAAUUAGUAAGAUUGUCUCACCCACUGUUCAAGAAAGGCCUUUUUCCCUUUAUUCAGAUUACAACCUCUCACUUUCAGUUAUUUGAAAAGGAAAUAAUCUCCCAAAUGUCACUAUUUCUAAAACAAGCCAUAGAAAGUUGGUUACAAUUUCAAUUUAAUCCUCCAGAAACGACAGAACAAAUAAUGCAACAAAUAUUGUGGUUAAAUUCAAAUAUACUAAUUGACAAAAAACCUAUAUUUAUUGACAGAAUGUUUAAAAAAGGUAUAAUCUUCGUAAAUGAUAUCAUCGGUAGGACUGGUGGAGUUAUGUCGCACAUGCAGCUAAUAAAAACAUAUGGAAAUGUCUGCUCUACCCAAAAUUACAACCAAAUAAUUGCAGCCAUACCGCAAAAGUGGAAGAGGAAAGUUGAAGGGGGAGAAAGUAAGGAACUUGUCUGUCGGCCUUGCAUUAAAGAACAUAAUUGGUUAAGGAAAACUGUGAUAAAUAAAAAAGUAUAUCAGUUUCACUUAAGGACCAAAGGAUUGACAGCAGUCCCAUAUAGAUUGCAAAAUAGUUGGGAAGAGAUCUUUGACGUACCGAUCCCAUGGCAUAGUGUUUAUGAACUGACACGCAAAACGACACCGGAUUCAAAAAUUAGAAUCUUUCAAUUUAAAUUAUUAUAUAAAAUUCUUGCUACCAAUAGAAUGUUAUUUAUAUGGGGGAUACAAUCUUCCCAGCUCUGCAGAUUUUGCUGUGAAGAGAUAGAAUCAUUAGAUCAUUUGUUUUGGUUCUGUCCAUUUGUAGCUUGUUUUUGGACACAGGUCCAGGAAUGGCUAAAGGAUUGCAAUAUUUACCUGGAACUAACCUUGCAGAUAGCAUUACUGGGUGAUCUGAAAAGUCAUAGUCAAUCAAUCAAUAAUAUAAUAAUACUUUUAGCAAAAAUGUUUAUUUUUAAUUCACAAUCUGUAGAAGCAAUGAGAAUAGAAAGGUUCAGAACUUUUGUAAAACAUCACAGUAUGGUUGAAAUAUAUAUGGCAAAUAGAAAUCCUAUAUGGAUGGUGUUAAGAGAUAGAUGGGAGGUAUUGAAUAGAGUUGAAGGAUGGGACUAAUAACAAAUAACAACAAAUAAUAACAAAGAUAGCUAAUAAUGUAAGCAUACUGUGUCCAUAAUAAGUAUAUAGGUUGUAUGUUGGGAGCUUUUGGGAAGGAGCACAGUUAGAAAGAUAUGGCAUUUAGAGGCAAACCGGAUGGACAUCAUGAAGAUGAUCGGAGAGGUUGAGAGUAGAAGAAGUUCAGGAGAAAAAAAAUAAAUAGGUGUGUAUAUGUAUAUGUAUAUAUAUAUGUAUAUAUAUAUGUAUAUAUAUAUAUAUAUAUGUAUGUGUGUGUGUAUGUGUAUGUAUGUAUGUAUAUAUGUAUAUAUAUAUAUAUAUAUAUAUAUAUAUAUAUAUAUAUAUAGAUAUAGAAUUAUUGUAAAAUUAACUCUGUCCAUAAGGUGUAGAUAGUGAGUAUGGACCGGAAGUAGAGGCCUGGGCGUUGUUGUUCACUAAUUUACUCCAAGUAGGGAAAGGAUGGUGGGGUUGAAAAGUAAUAAAGGGGAAUAUAUAUAUAUAAAAAAUAAAAAAAAAUAUGGGGGAUUGGAAGUGAUGCAGACAAUUACAUUGAUAGAAGAUACAAUCUAUCUGCAAUAUUAAGCUGAUCCUUCCCCCCGAAAAAAAACAAUAAAUAAAUAAAAAAUAAAAAAAUAAAAAUAAAAAAAAAAUAAAAAUAAAAACAUGGAGGUGGAAACAUUAUGCUUUGGGGGUGUUUUUCUGCUAAGGGGACAGGACAACUUCACUGCAUCAAAGGGACAAUGGACGGGGCCAUGUACCGUCAAAUCUUGGGUGAGAAUCUCCUUCCCUCAGCCAGGGCAUUGAAAAUGGGUCGUGGAUGGGCAUUCCAGCAUGACAAUGACCCAAAACACACGGCCAAGGCAACAAAGGAGUGGCUCAAGAAGAAGCACAUUAAGGUCCUGGAGUGGCCUAGCCAGUCUCCAGACCUUAAUCCCAUAGAAAAUCUGUGGAGGGAGCUGAAGGUUCGAGUUUCCAAACGUCAGCCUCGAAACCUUAAUGACUUGGAGAACAUCUGCAAAGAGGAGUGGAACAAAAUCCCUCCUGAGAUGUGUGCAAACCUGGUGGCCAACUACAAGAAACGUCUGACCUCUGUGAUUGGCAACAAGGGUUUUGCCACCAAGUACUAAGUCAUGUUUUGCAGAGGGGUCAAAUACUUAUUUCCCUCAUUAAAAUGCAAAUCAAUUUAUAACAUUUUUGACAUGCGUUUCUCUGGAUUUUUUUGUUGUUAUUCUGUCUCUCACUGUUCAAAUAAACCUACCAUUAAAAUGAUAGACUGAUCAUGUCUUUGUCAGUGGGCAAACGUACAAAAUCAGCAGGGGAUCAAAUACUUUUUUCCCUCACUGUAUAAUAUUAAAACAACGCAGACUAUGGAGGGUUUUACUCACAUCUCAACUUUUCACAGUAGCUGGACAAAGAUCCAAUAUAACGAGAAAGGGACAAUGUCCACUCACUGUUAUACUGCUCCCAAAUAUUAAUAUAAUCAGAACCAUCUUACAGAUCAGAUCACAUUCACACAUCUCCAGCAAUUGCAUUGCAAGCGUGCUACGGAUGUUGGAAAGGUGAAUCAUUCUAAUAAGUUUGGUUGUAAUAAAAUGUAAAGAUAAACAAGCAAUCCGUUUUUUUAAAAGAAAUAAAUGUGAAAUGUAAUGAUGUCAUAAAACCACCAGGAUAAAAAAGAUAGUCAUUGUUGUUGAACCAGCCUUCCUUAUAAUAGGCCUGAGGGAGGACUUGUUGUUGAACCAGCCUUCCUUAUAGUAGGCCUGAGGGAGGGCUUGUUGUUGAACCAGCCUUCCUUAUAGUAGGCCUGAGGGAGGGCUUGUUGUUGAACCAGCCUUCCUUAUAGUAGGCCUGAGGGAGGGCUUGGGUUGCUGUUGAACCAACCUUCCUUAUAGUAGGCCUGAGGGAGGGCUUGUUGUUGAACCAGCCUUCGUUAUAGUAAGCCUGAGGGAGGGCUUGUUGUUGAACCAUCCUUCCUUAUAAUAGGCCUGAGGGAGGGCUUGUUGUUGAACCAGCCUUCCUUAUAGUAGGCCUGAGGGAGGGCUUGUUGUUGAACCAGCCUUCCUUAUAGUAGGCCUGAGGGAGGGCUUGUUGUUGAACCAGCCUUCGUUAUAGUAAGCCUGAGGGAGGGCUUGUUGUUGAACCAUCCUUCCUUAUAAUAGGCCUGAGGGAGGGCUUGGGUUUUCAACAUAUGAAAUGGAAAACAAGCAAUUUUUACAAGUUAUAAAAACUUCUAAAUACUAGGUUCACCGGUGCUGGCUGGGAUGGCUGGGUGACCUGGCUUGGUAUUCACCGAGGUUCUCAUCUCUCGUUUCAGGAUGGGCAUGGACACGUAGCCUACACCAUGGAGGGAGAUUUAUGCACGUCCAAAAUGGGACCUGCAUGGCUAAAAGAAUGUGGGCCUGACUACAAUGCAUAGAUCAAAAGGGAAUGUCAGCUCACUGUUUUACUCCUCUCAAACUUAAUAUUUUAAUAAAUAUUUAGUGAUUAAGAUUUAUUUCCAAGCGGUGUCAGGAGCCAAAUCCUAUCAACAGUCUUGACUACUUCGUGAUUGCAUUGAGUAAAAUAUGAAGUAUACAGGCACCAAAAGCACAUUAGGCUACUCUUGUUCUAUGCACAUAUGGGCAGUGUGCGUCACGGCUGGAUAGGCUACGUUUCCGCUGUCAAAACUCAUGCCAUAGCCAACUGCGUUACUGCUAAAACCAGCUUUUGGUUGGUCUUACAUAUCCCUAUCAGCACUGCCUGAAAUUAGCACUUUGGAUCAUGUUUUUAAGGACACACCUCAAAUAUUUCCACCCAAAUCAAAGCAAAACACAUCACAUGUUGUAUUCGUCACAUGCGCCGAAUACAACAGGUAUAGACCUUACCGUGAAAUGCUUACUUACAAGCCCUUAACCAGUUUAAAGAAAAAUAAGAGUUAAGAAAUUAUUUGCUAAAUAAACUAAAGUUUAAAAAAGUAACACAAUAAAAGAACAAUAACGAGGCUAUAUACAGGGAGUACUGGUACUGAGUCAAUGUGCGGGUUACAGGUUAGUUGAGGUAAUUGAGGUAAUAUGUACAUGUAGGUAGGGCUAAAGUGACUAUGCAUAGAUAACAAACAGUGAGUAGUAGCUGCGUAAAAGAGGGGAGGGGGGGGGGGGGUCAAUGCAAAUAGUCCGGGUGGCCAUUUCAUUAAUUGUUCAGCAGUCUUAUGGCUUGGGGGUAGAAGCUGUUAAGGAGCCUUUUGGACCAAGACUUGGUGCUCUGGUACCGCUUGACGUGCGGUAGCAGAGAGAACAGUCUAUGACUAGGGUGGCUGGAGUCUUUGACAAUUUUUAGGGCCUUCCUCUGACACCGCCUGGUAUAGAGGUCCUGGAUGGCAGGAAGCUUGGCCCCAGUGAUGUACUGUGCCGUACGCACUAACCUCUGUAGUGCCAAUCUGAGCGCAAGCAAGCAAGCUGAUAUAAGACAGGUAAAUUGCCGAACUUGGCGUUACGGCUGGAAAAUGCCAGUGCGACAGUUUUUACAUGACGAAAUUGCAAACUAACGCCAGCCGGAAAUAGAGCCCUUCAUGUUAGUUAGAUAACUUACUGCAGUAUUUAUGAAAAAAAUAAACUGUGACUGAUAAGUUAUCAUACCUGUUUACUUUAAUAUUUCAGGCCAAGGAUAACAAAAGUGCAUUUUAAGGAAACACAAUUUGAGCUUCGAGUCGUUGGAAAAGAUGUAAGUUAUCAGUUAUUAUCUUUCAGUAAUAUCUGCAUAAGGAAUGUUUUGUGAAGUUAUGUACUGAAUUUUUGACCUUGACUUUGUUUGUUUGUGAUUAUUCUGUUUAUUUUAGCAUGUUUCAUAAACUCAAUAAUUUGAGAUCAUUCACACUAGCUAACUUGUUAUGACUGAAUCAAAACCAAUUUGUUUGGAUAUCAGAGGUGUGGAAAGCAAGGCAUAAAAUGAAACUGACUGAAUGUUCUCAGGAGUAUCUGCAGUACUCCCAUUUGAAACCUUGAAAGGUCAAUCGUGUGUUUUAUCUUGAAGGAUUUUGACAUCUUCCUAAUGUUUAAGGAGAGAAAUUAAAGAAACAUGACAGAGCAGGACUACGGGACGUGGCUGCAGCCUUGAAAGCUCUCUCCCAUCUUCACUGAUGUUUACUUCAUGGGUGCAAAUGGGGAGAGAGACGCGUCACACAAACUUAACUUCCUCAAAACACAUCCAGCUUAAUGAUGACCUUUUGGGUCUUUGGGGAAUUUUCAAACGUACACUUUUUGGGGCUUUUGGGGAGGAUUUCUUGAUCGUUUUCAAAGUGAUAUCACUGACGCAGAACCACAUUUCUCUUCUCUCUGUUGAGAUAGUGUGACUCAUUGAGACCUGUGAGUCUUGCUGAAUUAAAUACUGAAUUUGGUUUAUGCAGACGAUUCAUUUUCACUGGGGUGUGUGUGUGUGUGUGUCUGUGUGUGUAUGUGCGUGCGUGCGUGAGCGUGUGCCAACUAGCGACCUGAGAGUCUCAUUAAGCUGUGAAUACCGAGGCAGUUGUCAGAAAAGCAGAACUUAAUAUUUGGUACAGAAACCUUUGUUUGCAAUUACAGAGAUCAUACGUUUCCUGUAGGUCUUGACCAGGUUUGCACACACUGCAGCAGGGAUUUUGGCCCACUCCUCCAUACAGACCUUCUCCAGAUCCUUCAGGUUUCGGGGCUGUCGCUGGGCAAAACGGACUUUCAGCUCCCUCCAAAGAUGUUCUAUUGGGUUCAGGGCUGGAGACUGGCUAGGCCACUCCAGGACCUUGAGAUGCUUCUUACGGAGCCACUCCUUAGUUGCCCUGGCUGUGGGUUUCGGGUCGUUGUCAUGCUGGAAGACCCAGCCACGACCCAUCUUCAAUGCUUUUACUGAGGGAAGGAGGUUGUUGGCCAAGAUCUCGCGAUACAUGGCCCCAUCCAUCCUCCCCUCAAUACGGUGCAGUCGUCCUGUCCCCUUUGCAGAAAAGCAUCCCCAAAGAAUGAUGUUUCCACCUCCAUGCUUCACGGUUGGGAUGGUGUUCUUGGGGUUGUACUCAUCCUUCUUCUUCCUCCAAACACGGCGAGUGGAGUUUAGACCAAAAAGCUCUAUUUUUGUCUCAUCAGACCACAUGACCUUCUCCCAUUCCUCCUCUGGAUCAUCCAGAUGGUAAUUGGCAAACUUCAGACGGGCCUGGACAUGCGCUGGCUUGAGCAGGGGGACCUUGCGUGCGCUGCAGGAUUUUAAUCCAUGACGGCGUAGUGUGUUACUAAUGGUUUUCUUUGAGACUGUGGUCCCAGCUCUCUUCAGGUCAUUGACCAGGUCCUGCCGUGUAGUUCUGGGCUGACCCUCACCUUCCUCAUGAUCAUUGAUGCCCCACGAGGUGAGAUCUUGCAUGGAGCCCCAGACCAAGGGUGAUUGACCGUCAUCUUGAACUUCUUCAAUUUUCUAAUAAUUGCGCCAACAGUUUUUGCCUUCUCACCAAGCUGCUUGCCUAUUGUCCUGUAGCCCAUCCCAGCCUUGUGCAGGUCUACAAUUUUAUCCCUGAUGUCCUUACACAGCUCUCUGGUCUUGGCCAUUGUGGAGAGGUUGGAGUCUGUUUGAUUGAGUGUGUGGACAGGUGUCUUUUAUACAGGUAACGAGUUCAAACAGGUGCAGUUAAUACAGGUAAUGAGUGGAGAACAGGAGGGCUUCUUAAAGAAAAACUAACAGGUCUGUGAGAGCCGGAAUUCUUACUGGUUGGUAGGUGAUCAAAUACUUAUUUCAUGCAAUAAAAUGUAAAUUAAUUACUUAAAAAUCAUACAAUGUGAUUUUCUGGAUUUUUAGAUUUUAGAUUCCGUCUCUCACAGUUGAAGUGUACCUAUGAUAAAAAUUACAGACCUCUACAUGCUUUGUAAGUAGGAAAACCUGCAAAAUCGGCAGUGUAUCAAAUACUUGUUCUCCCCACUGUAUACAUAUAUAUAUACACUGCUCAAAAAAAUAAAGGGAACACUUAAACAACACAAUGUAACUCCAAGUCAAUCACACAUCUGUGAAAUCAAACUGUCCACUUAGGAAGCAACACUGAUUGACAAUAAAUUUCACAUGCUGUUGUGCAAAUGGAAUAGACAACAGGUGGAAAUUAUAGGCAGUUAGCAAGACAUCCCCAAUAAAGGACUGGUUUUGCAGGUGGUGACCACAGACCACUUCUCAGUUCCUUUGCUUCCUGGCUGAUGUUUUGGUCACUUUUGAAUGCUGGCGGUGCUUUCACUCUAGUGGUAGCAUGAGACGGAGUCUACAACCCACACAAGUGGCUCAGGUAGUGCAGCUCAUCCAGGAUGGCACAUCAAUGCGAGCUGUGGCAAGAAGGUUUGCUGUGUCUGUCAGCGUAGUGUCCAGAGCAUGGAGGCGCUACCAGGAGACAGGCCAGUACAUCAGGAGACGUGGAGGAGGCCGUAGGAGGGCAACAACCCAGCAGCAGGACUGCUACCUCCGCCUUUGUGCAAGGAGGAGCAGGAGGAGCACUGCCAGAGCCCUGCAAAAUGACCUUGUAGUGUCGAGUCAAUGUUGCUAAUUAUAGUAGUAACAUUAAUUAUGCUGUAACAAAGGAGUCCGCUUAUACUGAGCUUUGAUCAUAAGUUGUAUUAAUAUCACAAGAUUUCAGCAUAAGUUUACAGAUGUCUAGAGCAUCCGGAGAGCAGAGUCCCAAAAGAAUAUGUCUGCUCUAAUGCUCUUUGUUUAAACCCAGUACUUAUAAUAUUCCCCAAAAUAUGGGUGGCUCCCUCUACUGUCCAAUCCCCUGUCUACAACACACACUCCCUCUCUUCUAUGGGGUGUCACCCUAAAACAACUCCCUCUGAAACUGAAUAAACAUCCUCUCAGGUUCCACUUGAAAACAUUAGCAAAGUCAUAAUUCUUAAUACACUACAACCUCCAGCAGGCCACAAAUGUGCAUGUCUCUGCUCAAACGGUCAGAAACAGACUCCAUGAGGGUGGUAUGAGGGCCCGACGUCCACAGGUGGGGGUUGUGCUUACAGCCCAACACCGUGCAGGACGUUUGGCAUUUGCCAGAGAACACCAAGAUUGGCAAAUUCGCCACUGGCGCCCUGUGCUCUUCACAGAUGAAAGCAGGUUCACACUGAGCACAUGUGACAGACGUGACAGAGUCUGGAGACGCCGUGGAGAACGUUCUGCUGCCUGCAACAUCCUCCAGCAUCACCGGUUUGGCGGUGGGUCAGUCAUGGUGUGGGGUGGCAUUUCUUUGGGGGGCCGCACAGCCCUCCAUGUGCUCGCCAGAGGUAGCCUGACUGCCAUUAGGUACCGAGAUGAGAUCCUCAGACCCCUUGUGAGACCAUAUGCUGGUGCGGUUGGCCCUGGGUUCCUCCUAAUGCAAGACAAUGCUAGACCUCAUGUGGCUGGAGUGUGUCAGCAGUUCCUGCAAGAGGAAGGCAUUGAUGCCCGCCUGUUCCCCAGACCUGAAUCCAAUUGAGCACAUCUGGGACAUCAUGUCUCGCUCCAUCCACCAACGCCACGUUGCACCACAGACUGUCCAGGAGUUGGCGGACGCUUUAGUCCAGGUCUGGGAGGAGAUCCCUCAGGAGACCAUCCACCACCUCAUCAGGAGCAUGCCCAGGCGUUGUAGGGAGGUCAUACAGGCACGUGGAGGCCACACACACUACUGAGCCUCAUUUUGACUUGUUUUAAGGACAUUACAUCAAAGUUGGAUCAGCCUGUAGUGUGGUUUUCCACUUUUAUUUUGAGGGUGACUCCAAAUCCAGACCUCCAUGGGUUGAUACGUUUGAUUUCCAUUGAUCAUUUUUGUGUGAUUUUGUUGUCAGCACAUUCAACUAUGUAAAGAAAAAAGUAUUUAAUAAGAUUAUUUCAUUCAUUCAGAUCUAGGAUGUGUUAUUUUAGUGUUCCCUUUAUUUUUAUGAGCAGUGUAUAUAUACAUACAUACAUAUAUACACAUAUAUACAUACAUACAUACAUACAUACAUACAUACAUACACAUAUGUAUUGUUUUGUUUGUUUGUUGUUGGUAUAAGAGAUGACAUUGUUGUUUAUUUACAGUGCACAGAGACUUCGUUCUUCUUCAAGGCACCCAAUAAGACAGCAUGUAAACAUCUGUGGAAGUGCUGCAUAGAACACCACACUUUCUUCAGGUAAAAAACGACACACUGAUACACACACACACACACACACACACACACACACACACACACACACACACACACACACACACUGUCAUAGGCAAAUAUUACUAUACCAACACUAUUAUAACUUCUCAGUUAGAAUCUCUACCACCUUCCACAGGUAAGAACCCAAACUAUCUCUAUCUAUCUCUAUCUAUCUAUAUCUAUAUCUAUCUAUAUAUAUCUAUCUCUAGAUAUAUCUAUCUAUCUCUAUCUAUAUCAUAGUUUUGAUGUCUUCACUAUUAUUCUACAAUGUAGAAAAUAGUAAAAAUAAAGAACAACCCUUGAAUGAGUAGGUGUUCUAAAACUUUUGAACGGUAGUGUAGAUAGAGAUAGAUAGAUAUAGAUAAAUAUAUAUGGAACACAUUUGGAAUCAUGUAGUAACCAAAAAAGUGUUAAACAAAUCUAAAUAUAUUUUAUAUUUGAGAUUCUUCAAACAGCCACCCUUUGCCUUGAUGACAGCUUUGCACACUCUUGGCAUUCUCUCAACCUUGUCUGUGAUCCCCUCUUCUGUCAACCCCCCCCCCCCCCCCCCCCCCCCCCUCUGUCAAGCCCCCCUCUCUGUCAACCCCCCUCUGUCAACCCCCCCCCCCCAGUCAUCCUCUCUCUGUCAUCCCCUCAGUUAGAAACCUAACACAUACCUCUUAACAUAAAGAUCCCAGAAAAGCUCCAUUCCAAGUCCCUCAGUCCUUAAUCAAAAUGAACAAGGCCCCUGUCUGACAGCGCAGUGCAGUGCGGUCUCUGGUGUGUGUGUGUGUGUGUGUGUGUGUGUGUGCGUGCUAAAUGUGAUGAGUUUGUGGCAUAUUUCAGAGAUAAGAUAACCAACAUUAGGCUGGGUAUCAGUCAAGGAAGACCUGAUGAGAAGCUUGAUGAUAUGUGCCCUAGCCUACCAUACAAAGGCACUAUGGAUUUAUUUUCCCUAGUUGACACAGACAUGCUCAGGAAAGUAAUAUCACAACUUAAGCCUUCUACCUGCCUUCUCAAUCCUAUCCCCACCACCUUCUUCAAAACAGUUUUUAAUUGCAUAUCUGAAGAAGUGCAAGCGAUUGUUAAUCACUCCCUGUUCACAGGCACUUUCCCCACUGCACUAAGAACUGCUAUGGUGAAACCCCUUCUGAAUGAAAGUAAUUUUUGGCCAAUAUCCAACCUUCCAUUCUUAAGCAAAAUUCUGGAGAAAGUGGUUUUCAAACAGCUAAAUUAUUUAAGUGCCAACUGUAUUUUUGAAAAAUUCCAAUCUGGUUUUCGUGCCCACCACAGCACAGAGAUGGCCUUAGUUAAAGUGGUAAAUUAUCUUAGAGCCAACACAGAUGCCAAACAGCUCUCUGUCCUUGUACUCUUGGAUUUAAGUGCUGCAGUCGACACUGUUGACCAUGAUGUCCUUCUGGACAGACUGGAGAGGUGGGUUGGCCUCUCUGGUCCAAUUCGAAAUUGGUUUAGGACCUAUUUAACCGGUCAAGAGUUUAUUGUCACCAUUGGUGAACAUAACUUAAAGAAAAUACAUAUAACAUGUAGCAUUCGACAAGGUUCGAUUUUGGGUCUAGUACUGUUCAGUUUAUAUAUGUUACCCCUUGGUAGCGUUAUCAGAAAGCACAGCAUUGAUUUCCACUGCUAUGCAGACGAUACACAACUUUACAUUUCUGUCACCAGAGGAUUUUAGCUCCACAGAUAAAUUAUUUGACUGUAUUUGUGAUUUAAAUACUUGGAUGGCUCACAACUUCCUCCAGCUAAAUCAAGACAAGACCGAGGUACUUAUUGUUGGAGCCAAAGCCCUUCGAGAGAAUCUGGCCGCACAUUUUAAUUCACAGGCUAUAAAGAUAAAACACCAGGUAAAAAUUGUCACGAUCGUCUUGACGAAAAGUAGACCAAAGCGCAGCGCGUUGAGCGAACAUGACUUUAUUUGUAAAGUGCACACACGAAAAACAAUAAACGAAACGUAACGUCCUUAGCACAUAGACUGACAAGGAACAAAAACCCACAAAUACAAGGUGAACACAGACAGUUUAAAUAUGGCUCCCAAUCAGAGAUAACGAGCCGACAGCUGACACUCGUUACCUCCGAUUGGGAGUCAUUGACCAAACAAGGAAACACAACCAAAAGACAACCCAACCAAACACAACACAACGAAACAAACACACCCUGGCUCAACAUACAAAGUCCCGGAGCCAGAGCGUGACAGUACCCCCCCCUAAAGGCGCGGACUGCGACCGCGCCUCAAAAACCCCAAACAGGGGAGGGCUGGGUGGGCAUUACUCCUCGGAGGCGGCUCCGGCUCCGGGCUUGUCCACCACCCUAAUUCAAUCCCCCCGUAGCGCCCCCGGUCCGAUCUGACCCAGCUGGUAGGACCUGGACUGACGACGCGCACCCCUGGCUUGGCGCGUGAGGCAGGAACGGACCGGACCUGGCUGACGAUACGCACCCUAGGCUUGAUGCGUGGAGCCGGAACGGGCCUCACCAGGCUGACGACUCGCCUCCCUGGCUUGGUGCGAGUAGCAGGAAUGGGCUGGACCAGGCUGACGACUCGCACCCUUGGCUUGGUGCGAGUAGCAGGAACGGGCUGGACCAGGCCGAUGACUCGCACCCCUGGCUUGGUGCGAGUAGCAGGAACGGGCUGGACCAGGCUGACGACUCGCACCCUUGGCUUGGUGCGAGUAGCAGGAAUGGGCUGAAUCCGGCUGACGACUCGCACCCUUGGCUUGGUGCGAGUAGCAGGAAUGGGCUGAAUCCGGCUGACGACUCGCACCCUUGGCUUGUUGCGAGUAGCAGGAAUGGGCCGGACUGGGCUGGCGACGUGCACCACAGACCUGGUGCGGAGAGCAGGAACGGGCAGAGCCGGGCUGACGAGACGCACCACAGGCUUGAUGCGGAGAGCAGGCACGGGCCGUGCCGGACUGACGACGCACACCACUGGCUUGGUGCGGGAAGCUUGGAUGGGCCGGACUGUACUGGGGACACACACCACUGGUCCUACACCGGGAUCUGGAACGGGCCGGACCGGACUGGCAACACACGCCAGUACCUCUCGCCGUGCCUCUACUUCCUCCAUCCCCUCUUCGACCAGUGGCCCCCGUAACCCGGCGGCCUUCUCCGGCAACCCACUGGGCCGCUCUAUCGCGGCCUCCUGCUGGUCCGACGUCGUGAGCCCCCCCCUAAAAAUUUUCGGGCCGUCUCUCCUACCCGUGGACCAGGUCUCCAUAUCCUUCGCCAGCCUCUCGCCCUUCUGCCAUAGUGUCAAGCCCUUCUCCUCCUCACUCGGCUUGACCCAGUCCAGGAGGCGAAGGAGAUCUGUGAGGGAUCUCCCUGGCGACGGCUCCUGGACACGCUGCUUGGUCCCAUCUUGGUGGGUUUUUCUGUCACGAUCGUCUUGACGAAAAGUAGACCAAAGCGCAGCGCGUUGAGCGAACAUGACUUUAUUUGUAAAGUGCACACACGAAAAACAAUAAACGAAACGUAACGUCCUUAGCACAUAGACUGACAAGGAACAAAAACCCACAAAUACAAGGUGAACACAGACAGUUUAAAUAUGGCUCCCAAUCAGAGAUAACGAGCCGACAGCUGACACUCGUUACCUCCGAUUGGGAGUCAUUGACCAAACAAGGAAACACAACCAAAAGACAACCCAACCAAACACAACACAACGAAACAAACACACCCUGGCUCAACAUACAAAGUCCCGGAGCCAGAGCGUGACAAAAAUAGCUUUUUACCACCUGAGGAACAUUGCCAAGGUGGCUUGACUACUGUAAUGCUCUCCUGUCUGGUCUACCCAAGAAAGCCAUUGGUCAACUGCAAAACAUACAGAAUGCUGCAGCACGGAUACUGACCAAGUCAGACAGAGAGCACACAUUACACUGUUUUUAAGGUCUCUGCACUGGCUGCCUGUGAGUUUUAGAAUUAAUUUUAAGAUUCUUCUAUUUGUUUUUAAAUCAAUCCACGAUUGUGCACCCCAAUACAUGUCAGACAUGCUUUUAAGUUAUGUACCCAGUAAGUCCCUCAGGUCCUCUGGCACUGGCCUUUUAACUAUCCCAAAGCCUGGGACCAAGAGGCAUGGAGAGGCAGCAUUUAGUUAUUAUGCCCCCAGCCUCUGGAAUAGCCUGCCAGAGAACCUGAGGGAGGCAAAAACUGUGGACAUUUUUAAAAGAGAUCUUAAAACACACCUUUGUAGCUUUGCUUUUCCUUAGGAUGCUUUUUAAUCGUUCAGUUUUUAUUGUUAUUCUUUAGUUUUUUAUCCUCUUAUGUUUGUUGUGUAGUAAAUAUUUCAGUUUUUAUUUUCAUUGUUUUUAUUAUUUUUUUCCUGUGAAGCACAUUGUGUUGCAUUCCAUGUCUGAAAUGUGCUGUAUAAAUAAAGCUGGAUUUGAUUUGAUCCGUGCGUGUGUCCGUGUGUUGGCCUAAUGAGAGCAUUCUAAAGAGCCUGAGAGGAAGCAGGACGCGUGAGACGCUGGAUUUACACUGUUUAAUCCGCGUGUGAGCCCUGCAGUCUGCACAGUCUCUAUACCACAGACAGACCUGGAGCUGGCAGGCAGGCAGAGAGGAGGGGGCUUGACAGGUUAUACCCACCCCAGGCUUAUAGGCCUCUCUCUCUCUCUCUGUCUCUUGCUCUAUCUUUCACACUCACAUUCCCUCCUCUCUCUAUUAUUGUUCACACACACACACGCACCGACACACACUGACACACACACACCAGUCUUGCCCUCUCUCAGACUCAGAGCUUAGAAUUUGAAGGAAGCUCCUAGUGGUGUUCCAACAGUAAUUAUGUCAUUAAAGCAGAGCUCAGAACAAGAGACCUGCUCCUGUGUAGACGGGAGAGAAAUCCAACUAGGGCAGCGAUUCAGUUCUCUUCUCUCCCUAUAAAUGAAUAAAAACUACAAAGUGAAUUCAGAAUUCAAACACGCAUCGGCGGUUACCUUUGUGAAAGACGCAAUUUUUCCAAUUUCAUUUCAGCCUAAGCGUUUAAUCCUCCUUAACAUGGGUUAGGUCACAUUGGAAAUUCAUGAACAGAAAAAUAAUGCAUGUAUUACUUGUGGAAUAAUGUACUGUAGAAACUUGCCCACAAUAUUCUGUGAGAUUUUAGUGGAAGUACAGUAUUUUCGCAUUCUUCAUCUAGGCUUUUUCUCCAUGGUUGUUGCUUUUUCUAGAAUGCCAGAAAAUGAUGGCAACACACUGACAAGAAAACUAUCCAAAUUGGGUUCUCUGGGAUCUAAACAUCGAUACAGGUGAGCAAACCUCAAUUCUAUAUCCGCUUUAAAGCUAGCAUCCUUAAUUGAAACAAUACCAAAACGAACACCCCGCCUCUACUUUGGUAAAAAGCUGAGGGAUGGGCCUGGAAAAAUGUAACCACUCUCAAAUUCAUAUAGAGAGCCAUGGAUGCAAAGAAUAACCAUCCAUGAUAUAAAUUUUUUAGUUGAAACCAUGUUUUGAGGCUAUACAGCGUUUGUUUACAUUUACAUUGUUUACAAACUUUGGAGUAAAAUAAGUUUGUUUUUAAGGUUCUGAUGUGGUACGACAGUUGAACUAAACUCAUGAGGCAUUUAUAAGUUAUAUUCUUCAAGAAUCAAUGGGUAUAUAUAAUUCAUUUAUAACUCCCAAAAAUGUAGCAACUAAGGAUUCUAGCUUUAAAUGUCGUUAUGUAUUAAAAAAUAUUGUAGAAACUGUGUAGAAUAUUUAGAAUAUAAUGCAUUUCUAUCAUCUAUAAGAUGGAACGCCACAUACAUAAUACAUAGAGAAAUAGUAUAGCAUUAUUCUCUGCCUAUUAUCUGAUCCCCUUCUCUGUCAUCCUUAACACUAUCCCAUGUCCUGAGAUAAAGAAGGUCAAUCCAUGAGGAAGUCUCCCAGCAUGUAUUCAUGCUAAAAUCCACAACCAUGAAUAAUGCAGUCUGUUUUACUAAAGGAGCUAUAAGGGUGGUUCCGUGUUGGACAGAAAGACAGACAGACAGGCAGGCAGAGAGACACUGUGUGUGUGUGUAUGUGUGUGUGUGUGUGUGUGUGUGUGUGUGUGUGUGUGUGUGUGGCACCAGAUAGAAGAGGAAGAACUGAAUAUUUCAGGGUUCACACAACAUCCGUCUCUCCUUUGUCUUCAUUCUGUUGUCUACUUCCUGUAUCUAUUCUGAGAAGAAUAGUUGCAGUUUUCUUCUGCAAUAUUUAUACAUCUAGUGACCUCUACUAGUUGUAGGGUCAAUGUAGUCACAACUGUGACUGUGCUUUCCAUGUUCAUGUUGCUCUUCAACACCUCGUUGAUGCAUCAGACUAGCUACCCGCUGAUGCACAACAAUGUACAUGUAUGUCAUAUGUAUAUCAUUGUCAAUGCAUGUCACUGUCACUGUGUAUCACAGUCGCUGUGUAUCACUAUCACUGUGUAUCACUGUCACUGUGUAUCACUGUCACUGUGUAUCACUAUCACUGUGUAUCACUGUCGCUGUGUAUCACUGUCGCUGUGUAUCACUGUCACUGUGUAUCACUGUCACUGUGUAUCACUGUCACUGUGUAUCACUAUCACUGUGUAUCACUGUCGCUGUGUAUCACUGUCGCUGUGUAUCACUGUCGCUGUGUAUCACUGUCACUGUGUAUCACUGUCGCUGUGUAUCACUGUCACUGUGUAUCACUGUCACUGUGUAUCACUGUCACUGUGUAUCACUGUCGCUGUGUAUCACUGUCACUGUGUAUCACUGUCACUGUGUAUCACUGUCACUGUGUAUCACUAUCACUGUGUAUCACUGUCACUGUGUAUCACUAUCACUGUCACUGUGUAUCACUGUCGCUGUGUAUCACUGUCACUGUGUAUCACUGUCACUGUGUAUCACUGUCACUGUGUAUCACUAUCACUGUGUAUCACUGUCACUGUGUAUCACUAUCAAUGUGUAUCACUAUCACUGUGUAUCACUGUCACUGUGUGCGUGACAAAAGGGUUUGACAUAUGAAAGGUCAAGAGCAGAUCAUCUCCAUAUCUCAUAAGAACCUGACAGACCAGAAACAUCUGCCCCCUGAAUCCCUGAAAAAAUAAGAUGAUUAAACAAUGUGUGUGUGUGUGUAUGAAUGUGUCUCUCUCUCUUUCCCUACAGUGGAAAGACUGCUAUGCAGAUGGGCAGGGAUCCGUCUGUCAGUCUGCCUCGACCAGACCUGCAGGUGGUCAGGACCCGCAGCAAGACCUACCCCAAGAGACCAUCACAGUCCACAGGUCAGAUGGACAUACAGCAUACAUAAAGUCUACCUAAGACCUACAUAACAUCCACAGACACACUACACAACACCUGACAAACACAAUGUCACUAAGGGUAACGUAUCAAUGGUAACUAAUGCAUACCCAAAAACCUUUUCUCACCUUUCACCUUUACCGUUUCCCAGUAGAACCUCUCAGGCUGCUAAUGACAACACUAUGUCAGGUGUAAAGCAGCUUAGUUGAGUCUCAGUAAGUUUAGUAUUCACUUCCUCCUCCUGUUCCCCCAUCAGGAACAACACAGGGUUUCAAUUAGCUAAUCAUAUUAUAUUCACUUCGACAGUUCACACCGACAGACAUACAGUACAAAAGAGUUCUUCGGCUGUCCCCAUAGGAGAACCAUUUUUGGUUUCAGGUAACCCUUUUGGAUUCCAUGUAGAACCCUCUGUGGAAAGGGUUCUACAUGGAACCCAAAAAGGUUUUACCUGAAACCAAAAGGGUUCUACCUAGGGUGACCACAUUUAAAAUACUCAAAUGUGGGACAAAGGGAUGAUUUUGCAGGACAUUCACGGGACAGUGUAGCCUGCAAAUGUGGCCUCCCGCUGUACCGAACAAGCUAAUUGAAGCGUGCCUAUAGGCUACUCUUUUGCCUCGCGCUAAAUUUGUUGAUGCAGAAACGAGACCAAAUGUGCUGUUUUAUGAAAAUCAGAGAAUAUUUGGCCAAGGAAACAUUUCUGGUUGGUCUCAGGGAAUGUAAACCAGUUAGGAAGGGAGACUUUUAAAACCAGAUUGCAUGAACCCACUGGGCACAGACAUCAGUUCAACAUCUAGUCUUUACAUUUGGUUGAGUUUUCAACUAAAUUCAACGUGAAAUCAACAAAAAAGGUCACCAUUUCAUUGGAUUUAGGUUAAAAGUUGGGUGAAAAAAAUACGAAAUGCCUCUACGUUGAUAACUUUAUGCAAAUCCAAUCAGUUUCCAUGUUGAUUCAACGUCUUCACAUAGAUUUUUUGGGUUGAAAUAAUGUGGAAACAAUGUUAAUUCAAUCAGUUUUUGCCCGGUGGGAAGUAACAGCAAACAUGUUUAAUGAGCAUGGAAAGCCUCAAGUUUGACGAAAUCACCUUUGAGUCUAAUACAGCUAUUUACUUACUUUUGUAGCUCUUCGUCAGAAGCGACUGUCCUCUCCAUGUUUAGCUGGAAUUUAGACUGAAAGUAUUUGACAAAUGUGAUUGGUUCAUGAUAUGACAUUGGCAUACGUCUCAUCUUGCACUGCGCAGAAUAUCAGAUCUCAACAAUGAUUGGAAAAGUUUUUAACACUACCAGCACCACAUCCUUAUGAUAAAUAUCUGGUCAAAAGCGCAAAAUGUCUGACUGAAAUAGGGGACAAAACUACCUUGGAAAAUAAUUUGUGAUGUUUGAAAUUGUAGAUAAAAUGCGGGACAUGAUUGUUUAGUUGUGGGACGUGGGACACAGGGCCAAAAUGCGGGACUGUCCCGCACAAUCCGGGACCCUAGUUCUACCUGGAACCAAAAAUGUUUUUUCAAAGGUUUCUCCUAUAGGGACAGCCGAAGAACCCUUUUAGGUUCUUAAAGCCACCAUUAUACUUAACAUUUCCUCACCUAGUUUACGGACAUAGACUGUUCUACCAUUGAAACAAUGGAAAGAGGCAGGUUGGUUCAGUAUUUAACCUUACAGAACAUAUUUUUUCCUUAUAGGACUGAACAAUGCGAAUCGGUCCAACACCAAGACGGAGAAUGCAGAAAAAGAGGGAACGGCUAAGAUUACAGCACAGUCAGCUGUGAAGAGGUAUCAGACAUGGGCAAGUGAUGUGAGAGGAAAAUGUAGAAAAUAGUGUACGAAUGAGAGAGGUGUUCAGUUUGAAACAAAUUGAAAAGGGGACAAAGACAGAAGGAAUUAAUAAAGAAGGAAAUAGAAAGAAGAGAGAAUGUUUUUCCAAUAUCAGAUAAUAUCCUUCACAGCUCUUCGUACAACUGCUUAGCCCAGACCAAAUACAGUCAUGGUUGUGUUUUUUUACCUGUUGUUUAUUUGUUUGUUGACCUUUAGCUCCAACGUAACCAAGACAGAGAAUGGCGGUCCAGAGAAACAGCGAGGGAAGCCCAGUGCACCAUGGGAUGAGAACGCCCCACAAAGGUACAAUUUGUUCUGGGAUGGAUUGUAUUGGUCAUGGCUGACAUAUACCAAUUACAAUAGUUAUUUCUGGUAUGUGUUUGCAUCGGUUACAAUAUUUAUAUUUGGUGGAUUAAACGUCUGCACACACACACACACACACACACACAUCUGGAGAAAAUAGCGAGACAGGCAGGAGAGGGAUUGCAGCCAGGGUUAAGUAGAUUUCCUUGUUGACCUUAAUCACGACAACAACUGAGGAACAAAGAAAAGUCCUCCAUCAGUGUAGGAGGCUAAACAUUGAAACCCUCCAACGGCUUCAUCAAAUACACUGCUGGAAGCUAUAUGUGUGAGAGCACAGUGACAGUCAGUUUGUUUCUAUACGUCUCCCUGGUUCACAGUAGCCUGGUCCCAGAUCUGUUAAUACUGUCAUGCCAAACAAUGGCCAUAGGAGUUGGCAACACAUUACAAACAGAUCUGGGACCAGGCUAAGUUCACAGUGUUUGCACAGUAGCAUAGAGACACAGAGAGAUGGGAACGUGUGGCUCAGUUGGUAGAGCAUGGCACUUCCAACGCCAGGGUUGUGGGUUAGAUUCCCAUGGGGGACCAGUACUAACAAAAAUAUAUGCCCUCACUACUGGAAGUUGCUCUGUGUAUGUAACAGAACUUCAUAUUCAUCUGAAUAUUGUUGAACCUGCAGAGCCUGUCUUUCUCCAAAAUGGCUGCCUACAUAGUGUACUGCUUUUGACCAGAGCCCUUGUGAAAACUAGUGCACUACAUAGGGAAUAGGGUGCCAUUUCAGACACAGUCACUGUCUUCUGAUGAUAAUUUAGUUUUAUCCAAGGCCAUUUGCAUUUCAAUGAGCUGGUUUCAACAUUAUUUCAUCUCCAUAUUGAUUUGUGUUGUUAUCUUGGGGCUGCUAUGUGCUCCCUCUUUUCCUCUCAGUGGGCUGUGAGUGUGUGUGUGUGUGUUUGUGAGUGUGUGUGUGUGUGUGUGUGUGUGUGUGUGUGUGUGUGUGUGUGUGUGUGUGUGUGUGUGUGUGUGUGUGUGUGUGUGUGUGUGUGUGUGUGUGUGUGUGUGUGUGAGUGUGUGUGUGUGUGUGAGUGUGUGUGUCAGAGGGGCCUAAUAGGGGCCUUAUGUGAAGCCAAUGAAUGCAGACAGACAGGAUGUGUGUGUGAGGCCUGGUGUCACUGACCUGUUGCCCUUGGCAUUUAGAUGUAUCCUCUGAGACUAUGAUGUCAUCAUCCUGCCAUUUACUGACAUAUCUGUGCUAAUGUGCUUGUGGCUAGGUGGAGAGGAAUGUUGUUGUUUGUAUCAGCAUGAUGUCUAAGGACUAUACUUAGGAGUUCGUUUUUGCCAACAGAUCAUUCACUAUACAGAUCAAUGUAUGUAUUACUGACAGUUAGCUGCCUGUCCUGAUGGUAAUUCUGAUCAAGUUUCCUUGUUUUUCUCCCCAGUGGACUGUACAACACGGCCAACCAGCGAACCAAGUCUCCCAAAUUCCCCAUGGCACGUGGUCGCACCCCUUCAGGAGGCAGCGAGAACGAAACAUCCCAGAACAGACGCUGGUGUGUAGCCUUCACCUAUGACCUUUCACCUAUGACAUGUCAACCCAUCUCACCUCUCUUCCCAAUAUCGCAGGCUGACACUGGUACUGUCCAUCAACUGUCCAGGUGUAUCCUGUGCUCAGGGGGGUCAUACACCCCAAAAAUCAGAGGGAGCCCAAAGUACGUGAGGAUGCCUGGGGGGUGGUCUGGAGGGUAGAUUCUUGCAUUUUUAAAACACCUGAAACAGCUUUUUCUUGCAAUCUAGAGCCAUAAUCAUUAUGCUUAAUUCUAUGUAAAAAAAUAUGUUCAUUUUUCUGCAUAUCUAAGCAUACCUCUUGAGCUGUCUGUAUCCUCCUGACUGGUGGUAAUUGUUUUAAAUAAACUAAAUAUGCUUCUCUGCAUCUCUUCUAAAAUCUGAGUAAAAGAUAGAAAGGAAUGUGAGUCUUAUUCAGUACAUUUAGUUAUUGCUUGCUUUUCUAAAGUCUACCAAGCUUGCCAGCAGGCAUGCCAGUUAAGAUAGUUAGACAAGCUAACUACUCUAACUUGAUUGAUAGCCUGAAAUGGCUUCUUGGUAGCUAGUUAUGAGGUUGGGAGAUUGGGAACCUAUCUGGGCUAGCUAAAGCCAACUUCAUAAAAUUCCUAGGUGGCUAGUAGUAUUACAGAGAAACACCAACAGGACAAAUCUGAGGGGGCACGUGCCCAUGUGCCCUCUAUGGGCAUGACGCCUCUGCCUGUGCUGGAAGAGGUGUGUCCCCUUCACCUAACUAACCUAUAACAUUUCACCUGUCAACCCACCUCCGCUGCCAAUAACUGACAGUUAUAUGGACUGUCCAUAGUCUGACCAGCUGUGCCUCUUGUGCAGGUAGAAAGUGAACCUCAGGUAGUGGCAGAAGAGGAGGGGACAUGACUCAGGUAGUGGCAGAAGAGGAGGGGACAGGACUAAGGUAGUGGCAGAAGAGGAGGGGACAGGACUAAGGUAGUAGCAGAAGAGGAGGGGACAGGACUCGGGUAGUGGCAGAAGAGGAGGGGACAGGACUAAGGUAGUAGCAGAAGAGGAGGGGACAGGACUCGGGUAGUGGCAGAAGAGGAGGGGACAGGACUCAGGUAGUGGCAGAAGAGGUGGGGACAGGACUCAGGUAGUGGCAGAAGAGGAGGGGACAGGACUCGGGUAGUGGCAGAAGAGGAGGGGACAGGACUCAGGUAGUGGCAGAAGAGGUGGGGACAGGACUCAGGUAGUGGCAGAAGGGGAGGGGACAGGACUCAUGUAGUGGCAGAAGAGGAGGGGACAGGACUCAAGUAGUGGCAGAAGAGGAGGGGACAGGACUCAGGUAGUGGCAGAAGAGGAGGGGACAGGACUCAGGUAGUGGCAGAAGAGGUGGGGACAGGACUCAUGUAGUGGCAGAAGAGGAGGGGACAGGACUCGGGUAGUGGCAGAAGAGGAGGGGACAGGACUCGGGUAGUGGCAGAAGAGGAGGGGACAGGACUCAAGUAGUGGCAGAAGAGGAGGGGACAGGACUCGGGUAGUGGCAGAAGAGGAGGGGACAGGACUCGGGUAGUGGCAGAAGAGGAGGGGACAGGACUCGGAUAGUGGCAGAAGAGGAGGGGACAGGACUCGGGUAGUAACAGAAGAGGAGGGGACAGGACUCAGGUAGUGGCAUAAGAGGAGGGGACAGGACUCGGGUAGUGGCAGAAGAGGAGGGGACAGGACUCGGAUAGGGGCAGAAGAGGAGGGGACAGGACUCGGAUAGGGGCAGAAGAGGAGGGGACAGGACUCGGGUAGUGGCAGAAGAGGAGGGGACAGGACUCGGGUAGUGGCAGAAGAGGAGGGGACAGGACUCGGGUAGUGGCAGAAGAGGAGGGGACAGGACUCGGGUAGUGGCAGAAGAGGAGGGGACAGGACUCGGGUAGUGGCAGAAGAGGAGGGGACAGGACUCGGGUAGUGGCAGAAGAGGAGGGACAGGACUCGGGUAGUGGCAGAAGAGGAGGGGACAGGACUCGGGUAGUGGCAGAAGAGGAGGGGACAGGACUUGGGUAGUGGCAGAAGAGGAGGGGACAGGACUCGGGUAGUGGCAGAAGAGGAGGGGACAGGACUUGGGUAGUGGCAGAAGAGGAGGGGACAGGACUCGGGUAGUGGCAGAAGAGGAGGGGACAGGACUCGGGUAGUGGCAGAAGAGGAGGGGACAGGACUCGGGUAGUGGCAGAAGAGGAGGAGACAUGACUCAGGUAGUGGCAGAAGAGGAGGGGACAGGACUCAGGUAGUGGCAGAAGAGGUGGGGACAGGACUCGGGUAGUGGCAGAAGAGGAGGGGACAGGACUCAGGUAGUGGCAGAAGAGGAGGGGACAGGACUCGGGUAGUGGCAGAAGAGGAGGGGACAGGACUCGGGUAGUGGCAGAAGAGGAGGGGACAGGACUCAGGUAGUGGCAGAAGAGGAGGGGACAGGACUCAGGUAGUGGCAGAAGACGAGGGGACAGGACUCGGGUAGUGGCAGAAGAGGAGGGGACAGGACUCAGGUAGUGGCAGAAGAGGAGGGGACAGGACUCAGGUAGUGGCAGAAGAGGAGGGGACAGGACUCAGGUAGUGGCAGAAGAGGAGGAGAGGGGACAGGACUCGGGUAGUGGUACUGGCAGAAGAGGAGGGGACAGGACUCAGGUAGUGGCAGAAGAGGAGGGGACAGGACUCAGGUAGUGGCAGAAGAGGAGGGGACAGGACUCAGGUAGUGGCAGAAGAGGAGGGGACAGGACUCAGGUAGUGGCAGAAGAGGAGGGGAGGGGACAGGACUCGGGUAGUGGUACUGGCAGAAGAGGAGAGGACAGGAGAAUACAUCCACUGCUGUUGCUCCUUCAGUCAUUUCCCAGUUGAAAAGUACAUCUAUGGAAUAAUGUUGCCUUCUAGUGGUGUCAUGUGGAACUAACUGUUGAGCCUGUACAGUUCUAGCUCCUCCGUUAGCAUUACGCACAAUAUAUUGUAUAACAUGUUUACCUUGUAAUAGCUGGUAAUUGUUCCUAACAAGCAGUUAAUUACCAAAAAUGUAUUUUGAAGACACCCCUGUUUAAAUUGCCUUAUAAAGAUGCCUAUACUGUACUGAAGCUACUGCAAAGGUCACAUAGUAGUAUGUUUAUAUGAAGUAGGCCAUUGUAGUAAUCAAAUACAAGAUAUGUACUUUCAUAUUAUUUUAAUAUGAAUGACUCAUAAAGGUUAGUCUGGGCUGUGUCUGUUGUGGGGCAGAGAUACAGAAUUUCAGAUUGCCCCUAGGGUUUGUGGCCAAUGAAGCACUCUCUUUGAAUAGAUACCGAUUAGCAUAAAUCAUGGUUGGAUAGAUGCUCUCACUUUUAAGUCAGAGUCAUGAAUGUUUAUGUUGAUGGUUAAAGCAUGUCAAACUCAUCAACCCUCCCUGUUUAAUAGUAGUUGUAACAGUAACCUGACAGUGACUCUCUGAUAUCUAAUAGUAACAACAUGACAGUGACUCUCUGAUAAUAACAUGACAGAAAUAACUUCUGUGAUAUGAUCCCUCAGGAAAGGCCAUGCCAGUGAUCCAACAGAUCCCCCAAACCAGAACGAUCAGCAGAAGAGGAGGUAAUUUUAGCUUACAGUACUACAUACUAAAUUCUUCAGUUCUGAACCUCUGUCCUCUCUGCAACUAAAGGGUCACGUCUUUACAUCCAUACGUUCCACACUGACUUAGACAAGUCAGAUAAACCCAGUGACUUGCCCAGAUUGUCAUUUAUGUGCUGUGUUGUAAUGUGGCAGCACCACAAAUCCACCGUUGGAGCUCUACAGAGAUAAUGAUAUACUCAGUGUGUGGUUCUGUUUGUCAGUAGUUGCAUUAGCUAAGUCCUGGAGUCAUUUCUCUAAAAGUAAAAGUUAACAUUUGUCCUCUCUCUCUGACAGGUCAUACACAAACAACAUUCCAUCUCAUUUAUUUUCCCCUCGUCAACUUUUAACCCCAUUUUAUUCACCGCUGCCCACCCGCAGGUCACGCUCCCGUGGCAACACCAGUAGUGGCAGCGAGUCCGAGAACUCCACCCGGGAGCAUCGUAAAAAGAGGAACCGGUGAGUGAUGUCACUCUGCUUUCCCUACAAGGAAACAUACCUGUACAUACAGCCAUUAAAUAUACAGAAUAAAGGUAUAUAGUAAAACACUACUACUACCUCAUAUUUAGCACAUAGUAGUAUCGCUACAAGUACAUAGUAAUAUUGCUCAAAGGAGACAGCCAUUCUAUAGUAAACUACUAAGCUACAACUGUUUCAUAUGGGGGUAUUGCUCCCAAGACUACUAUUUUCCUAAGCCAGUGUCUGUAGGGGACGUAUGUAUUGAAGAAAUAAAGCAUAUCAUCAGGGUGCUAUUGUCCUCUGAAUGAAACUAUAUCUUAUUGAGACCCACAAUGGUUCCCUAGCUGGGUCAUAUGAUACACUAUAGACAGCCUCAAAUGUCUGAAUGUCUCACCACAUGAUGGAGCAAAGGAAUGAGGAAGGAAAUGGGAGACUAUAUUUCCUGGAAAUCCUGUUGCUAUCUGUUGUGACAGUGUAAAAUGGUGAUGUACUACUGUAUGUACAAUAUCGUUUUUCCAAGUUUUAAUAUCACAUGCACAAGGACAGUGAAAUGCCUUUUUUGCAAGCUCUAAUCCCAACAAUUCAGUAAUCAAUAACAAUGUUAUACUAAAAAUAACAAGGUAGAACAAAAACACACAAGAAAUAAAAAUAAGAAAAACACGAGAAAGUAAGUAAGCAUACUAUAUACACUGAGUAUACCAAACAUUAGGAACACCUUUUGCCCUCAGAACAGCCUCAAUUCAUCGGGGCAUGGACUGUACAAGGUUUUGAAAGUGUUCCACAGGGAUGCUGGCACAUGUUUACUCCAAUGCUUCCCACAGUUGUGUCAAGUUGGCUGGAUGUCCUUUGGGUGGUGGACCAUUCUUGAUACACACGGUUGCCAGUAUAAUAUUUUAUUUAUUUUUUAAUAAAACAUUUAUGCACUCACUAUCUGGAUAAGAGCGUCUGCUAAAUGACUAAAAUGUAAAUGAAAAACCCAGCAGCAGUUCUUGACACAAACCGGUGCGCCUGGCAUUUACUACCAUACCCCGUUCAAAGGCACUUACAUUUUUUUGUCUUGCCCAUUCACCCUCUGAAAUGGCACACACAAAAUCCAAGUCUCAAUUGUCUCAAGGCUUAAAAAUCCUUCUUUAACCUGUCUCCUCCCCUUCAUCUACAUUGAUGGAACUGGAUUUAACAAGUGACAUCAAUAAGGGAUCAUAGCUUUCACCUGGAUUCACCUGGUCAGUCUAUGUCAUGGAAAAAGCAGGCGUUCUUAAUGUUUUGUAUACUCAGUGUACAGGUCAGUCAGUUCUAGUACCAUAUUUACAAUGUGCAGGGAUACUGGAGUGAUAGAGGUAGAUAUGUAUAGGGGUAAGGUGACUAGGCAUCAGGAUAUAUGAUAAACAGAGUAGCAGCAGCGUAUAUGAAGAUUGAAUGUGAGUGGGUGUGUAGAGUCAGUAUAAAUGUAUGUGCAUAUUAUGUUAGUGUGAGCAAAUUAUGGAGUGAGUGUUUGUGUGUGUGUGUGUGUUGGAGUGACAGUUUGCGUGAGUGUGUAGGGCCCUGUGAGUGUGUAGGGUCCUGUGAGUGUGUAGGGCCCUGUGAAUGUGUAGGGUCCUGUGAGUGUGUAGGUCCUGUGAAUGUGUAGGGCCCUGUGAGUAUGUAGGGCCCUGUGAAUGUGUAGGGCCCUGGGAGUGUGUAGGGUCCUGUGAAUGUGUAGGGCCCUGGGAGUGUGUAGGGUCCUGUGAAUGUGUAGGGCCCUGGGAGUGUGUAGGGCCCGGGGAGUGUGCAUAGAGACAAUAAUCUGCAUAGAGACAAUAAUCAGAUAAUCUGUGUAGCUAUUUAGUUAGCUAUUUAAUUAUGGUGAUCAGGCCUACCACUGUUGUGUCGUCAGCAAACCUGAUGAUGGUGUUGGACUCGUGCGUGGCCACGCAGUCGUGGGUGAACAGGGAGUACAGGACGGGACUAAGCACGCACCCCUGUGGGGCCCCCGUGUUGAGGGUCAGCGUGGCGGAGGUGAUAGUGCCUACCGUCAACACCUAGGGUCGGCCCGUCAAGGUGUCCAGGAUCCAGUUGCAGAGGGAGGUGUUCAGUCCCAGGGUCUUAAGCUUGGUGACGAGCUUGGAAGGGACAAUGGUUUGGAACGCUGAGCUGUAGUGAAUGAACAGCAUUCUCGUAUAGGUAUUCCUCUUAUCUAGGUGGGUGAGGGCAGUGUGGAGUGCAAUUGAAAUUGCGUCGUCUAUGGAUCUGUUGGGGCGGUAUGCAAAUUGGAGUUGGUCUAGGGUGGCUGGGAUGGUGGAGGUAAUGUGUGCCAUAACCAGCCUCUCAAAGCACUUCAUGAUUACAGAUGUGAGUGCUACAGGGCGGUAGUCAUUCAGUCAUGAAUCCUUAGAGUUAGAGGAACAGGAAUGACAGUGCUCAUUUUAAAACAUGUGGGGAUUACAGACUGGGACAAGGAGAGGUUGAAAAUGACCGUGAAUAUGCCUGCCAGCUGUUCUGCGUAUGCUCUGAGAACACAAGGUCCUUUGAGUGUGAAUCUAUCAUGUGUCAGUUAGUUGCAAGCUGCAACCAUACUGUCAUCUCUGUACCUGUCUGUGUAGAUGUAACAUGGUUGGACUGUAUGUUCCAGCCUUCCAGGUCUUUUAUGUAGAAGUAAUAUGGUUAUGCUGUAUAUUUAUAAUAUACUGGCAUAUAAUACUUCUAUAUGAUAUUACAAUACAAAAAUAAUAUUAUAUUAUAUUCCAGAUCUCGUCAGGAGAAUGAGAUGGUGGACUCUGGUCCUCAGUGGGAAGCCGUGCUCUGCCGUCAGAAAGAGAGGUCUCAGAAAGACCCAAACCACCGCCGCUCACGACACCGUUCUCGAUCGUAAGACAACCACAACCACACUCACACACGUCACACACACCCUCCUUCCCUCUCCUCCCUGUGCUAGAGACCCCCACCUCCGACCUGGAACAAUGCCUUAAGCUUGGGUCAAUUUCAUCUCCUCAAUUUCCAGACACACAGAGGGAAGCAUUUCCAUUCAUUUCCAUAACUCUCCUUAUCAGAUGGUCCAUCUUAUAAAUAACCCUUCAACUAUUAACCCCGGUAAUUCUGUGAUUUGUUCCAGGCGGAGUCCAGAUGUGCAGGCUAAAGAGCAGCUGUGGAGGCACAUCCAGUAAGUGAUAGACUCCAUUUAUGAGGUUUAACAGUGGUCUUCUAGAAAUAAGCAGUUACCACUUUAUAGGGCCCCGUGUAGCUCAGUUGGUAGAGCAUGGCACUCACGGGGGGCCAGUAUGAAAAAUGAAAAAUGUAUGCACUCACUAACUGUAAGUCGCUCUGGAUAAGAGCGUCUGCUAAAUGACUAAAAUGUAAAAUUUGGGUAAGGUGACUAGGCAUCAGGAUAUAUGAUAAACAGAGUAGCAGCAGCGUAUAUGAUAAUUGUGGGUGCGUGGGUGUGUAGAGUCAGUAUAAAUGUACAGUGCAUUCAGAAAGUAUUCAGAACCCACAACGUUUUCUAAAUUUUGUUACAUUACAGCCUUAUUCUAAAAUGGAUUCAAUUAAAUGUUUUCCUCAUCAAUCUACACACAAUACCCCAUAAUGACAAAGCGAAAACAGGUUGUUAGAAAUGUUUGCACAUUUAUUAAAAAUAAAAAACAGAAAUACCUUAUUUACAUAAGUAUUCAGACCCUUUGCUAUGACACUCGAAAUUGAGCUCAGGUGCAUCAUGUUUCCAUUGAUCAUCCUUGAGAUGUUUUUACAACUUGAUUGGAGUCCACCUGUGGUAAAUUCAAUUGAUUGGACAUGAUUUGGAAAGGCACACACCUGUCUAUAUAAGGUCCCACAGUUGACAGUGCAUGUCAGAACAAAAACCAAGCCAUGAGGUCGAAGGAAUUGUCCGUAGAGCUCCGAGGCAGGAUUGUGUCGAGGCACAGAUCUGGGGAAGGGUAUCAAAAAAUGUCUGCAGCUUUGACGGUCCCCAACAACAAAGGGUCUGAAUACUUAUGUAAAUGUGAUAUUUAAGUUUUUUAUUUUUAAUACAUUUGAAAAGUUUCUAGAAACAUGUUUUUGCUUUGUCAUUAUGGGGUAUUGUGUGUACAGUCGUGGUCAAAAGUUUUGAGAAUGACACAAAUAUUAAUUUUCACAGUCUUCUGCCUCAGUUUUUAUGAUGGCAAUUUGCAUAUACUCCAGAAUGUUAUGAAGAAUGAUCAGAUGAAUUGCAAUUAAUUGCAAAGUCCCUCUUUGCCAUGAAAAAAAACAUUUCCACUGCAUUCCAGCCCUGCCACAAAAGGACCAGCUGACAUCAUGUCAGUGAUUCUCUCGUUAACACAGGUGAGAGUGUUGACGAGGACAAGGUUGAAGAUCACUCUACCAUGCUGAUUGAGUUAGAAUAACAGACUGGAAGCUUUAAAAGGGGGUGGUGCUUGAAAUGAUUGUUCUUCCUCUGUUAACCAUGGUUACCUGCAAGGAAACACGUGCCGUCAUCAUUGCUUUGCACAAAAAGGGCUUCACAGGCAAGGAUAUUGCUGCUAGUAAGAUUGCACCUAAAUCAACAAUUUAUCGGAUCAUCAAGAACUUCAAGGAGAGAGGUUCAAUUGUUGUGAAGAAGGCUUCAGGGCGCCCAAGAAAGUCCAGCAAGCGCCAGGACCGUCUCCUAAAGUUGAUUCAGCUGCGGGAUCGGGGAACCACCAGUGCAGAGCUUGCUCAGGAAUGGCAGCAGGCAGGUGUGAGUAUCUGCACGCACAGUGAGGCGAAGACUUUUGGAGGAUGGCCUGGCGUCAAGAAGGGCAGCGAGGAAGCCACUUCUCUCCAGGAAAAACAUCAGGGACAGACUGAUAUUCUGCAAAAGGUACAGGGAUUGGACUGCUGAGGACUGGGGUAAAGUCAUUUUCUCUGAUGAUUGUUUGGGGCAUCCGGAAAAAAGCUUGUCCGGAGAAGACAAGGUGAGCGCUACCAGGGAGCUUGGCCCCAGUGAUAUACUGCACCACCCUCUGUAGCGCCAUGGAAUCGAGGGCGGUGCUAUUGUCAUACCAAGCAGUGAUGCAGCCAGUCAAGAUGCUCUCACUGGUACAGCUGUAGAACCUUUUGAAGAUUUGAGGGCCCAUGCCAAACCUUUUCAACCUCCUGAGGGGGAAGGGGCACUGUCACGCCUUCUUCAUGGCUGUGCAGGUGUGGACCAUUUUAAGUCCUUAGUGAUGUGGACACCAAGGAACUUGAAGCUCUCGACCCGCUCCAUGGUUGGACUGUACAGUUGAAUUCGGAAGUUUACAUACACUUACGUUGGAGUCAUUAAAACUAUUUUUUCAACCACUACACACAUUUCUUGUUAACAAACUAUCGUUUUGGCAAGUCGGUUAGGACAUCUACUUUGUGCAUGACACAAGUAAUUUUUCCAACAAUUGUUUACAGACAGAUUAUUUCACUUAUAAUUCACUGUAUCACAAUUCCAGUGGGUCAGAAGUUUACAUACACCAAGUUGACGGUGCCUUUAAACAACUUGGAAAAUUCCAGAAAAUGACUUUAGAAGCUUCUGAUAGGCUAAUUGGAGGUGUACCUGUGGAUGUAUUUCAAGGCCUACCUUCAAACUCAGUGCCUCUUUGCUUGACAUCAUGGGAAAAUAAAAAAAAAUCAGCCAAGACCUCAGGAAAAAAAAUGGUAGACCUCCACAAGUCUGGUUCAUUCUUGGGAGCAAUUUCCAAACGCCUGAAGGUACCACAUUCAUCUGUACAAACAAUAGUAUGCAAGUAUAAACACCAUGGGACCACGCAGCCGUCAUACCGCUCAGGAAGGAGACUCGUUCUGUCUCCUAGAGAUGAACGUACUGUGGUGCGAAAAGUGCAAAUCAAUCCCAGAACAACAGCAAAGGACCUUGUGAAGAUGCUGGAAAAAAAUGGCUUAAGGACAACAAAGUCAAGGUAUUGGAGUGGCCAUCACAAAGCCCUGACCUCAAUCCUAUAGAACAUUUGUGGGCAGAACUGAAAAAGCGUGUGCGAGCAAGGAGGCCUAGAAACCCGACUCAGUUAAACCAACUCUGUCAGGAGGAAUGGGCCAAAAUUCACCCAACUUAUUGUGGGAAGCUUGUGGAAGGCUAGCCGAAACGUUUGACCCAAGUUAAACAAUUUUAAAGGCAAUGCUACCAAAUACUAAUUGAGUGUAUGUAAACUUCUGACCCACUGGGAAUGUGAUGAAAGAAAUAAAAGCUUAAAUAAAUCAUUCUCUCUACUAUUAUUCUGACAUUUCACAUUCUUAAAAUAAAGUGGUCAUCCUAACUGACCUAAAACAGGGAAUUUUUACUAGGAUUAAAUGUCAGGAAUUGUGAAAAACUGAGUUUAAAUGUAUUUGGCUGAGGUGUAUGUAAACUUCAGAGUUCAACUGUAUGUUCCAGCCUUCCAGGUGUUUUAUGUAGAUGUAAUAUGGUUUAUUCUAACCCUAAACAUAACCCUUAACCUACUGUAGCCCUAACCCUAACCCUAACCAAACCUUAUUCUAAACCUUACCCUCACCCUAACCUUAGCAAGCAGUUGCUUAUCAACAGAUAGUUUGUUGAUAGUAUGACCUACAGAUGGACUCUCCAAAUAAAAUGUGACCAAUAGGCCUUUUUUCCUGUGUUAUGGAAAGUUAAAGGUGUAAAACUAUAAUAACUUGACUAACCAUGACUAAUAGUUGAUAACUAUUCAUAAAGAGUGUAUACUAUUGAAAAGUAUGUACUAACACAGCCUUCAAAGGUUGUUGAAACCAGUAUGCACAGCCUUUUCUCCAGUGAUAUGGGAAGAUAAUUGUAACAUACCCUGGUGGUUGUGUUCCUACAGGAAGGAGCUGGUGGACCCUGCUCCUGAUCUAACAGAGGAACAGCUGAAGGAGAUCCCCUACAAGAAAGUGGAGUGAGUGACUGCUCCUCCCUUCCUCAUUAGAUUAGAUAGUCUGUACAUUUUAAGGAUGAACAUUUUUAUAUAUGAUAAUCAGACAGGUCAAAAUCAUAAUCAGACAGGACAAUAUGAUGAUCAGACAGUUAAGAUAAUAUCAUAAUCAGACAGGUAUAUAUUAUAAUCAGACAGUUAUGAUAAUAUGAUAAUCAGACAGGAAUAUUUUUUAUUUAACCUUUAUUUAACCAGGUAAGCCAGUUGAGAACAAGUUCUCAUUUACAACUGCGACCUGGCCAAGAUAAAGCAAAGCAGUGCGAUUUAAAAACAACAACAACACAGAGAUACAGAGUGGGUUACAGAGUGGGUUUCCCGAGUGGCGCAGUGGUCUAAGGCACUGCAUCGCAGUGCUAGCUGUGCCACUAGAGAUCCUGGUUCAAAUCCGGGCUCUGUCGUAGCCGGCCGCGACCGGGAGACCCAUGGGGCGGCGCGCAAUUGGCCCAGCGUCGUCCAGGGUAGGGGAGGGAAUGUAUGCACUCACUAACUGUAAGUCACUCUGGAUAAGAGCGUCUGCGAAAUGACUAAAAUGUAAAUAAACAAAACGUACAGUCAAAUGUUGUAAGUUAUGGAGGUAAGGCAAUAAAUAGGCCAUAGUGCACUGGAGUGAUAGAUGUGCAGAAGAUGAUGUGCAAAUAGAGAUACUGGAGUGCAAAUGAGCAAAAUAAAUAACAAUAUGGGGAUGAGGUAGUUGGAUGGGCUGUGUACAGGUGCAGUGAUCGGUAAGCUGCUCUGACAACUGAUGCUUAAAGUUAGUGAGGGAGAUAAGAGUCUCCAGCUUCAGAGAUUUUUGCAGUUCGUUCCAGUCAUUGGCAGCAGAGAACUGGAAGGAAUGGCGGCCAAAGGAGGUGUUGGCUUUGGGGAUGACCAGUGAGAUAUACCUGCUGGAGCGCAUAAUACUGGUGGGUGUUGCUAUGGUGACCGAUGAGCUAAGAUAAGAUAAUUUGCCUAGCAGUGAUUUAUAGAUGACCUGGAGCCAGUGGGUUUGGCGACUAAUAUGUAGUGAGGGCCAGCCAACAAGAGCGUACAGGUCACAAUGGUGGGUAGUAUAUGGGGCUAAGGUGACAAAACGGAUGGCACUGUGAUAGACUACAUGCAAUUUGCUGAGUAGAGUGUUGGAGGCUAUUUUGUAAAUGACAUCGCCGAAGUCAAGGAUCGGUAGGAUAGUCCGUUUUACGAGGGCAUGUUUGGCAGCAUGAGUGAAGGAGGCUUUGUUGCAAAAUAGGAAGCCGAUUCUAGAUUUAACUUUGGAUUGGAGAUGCUUAAUAUGAGUCUGGAAGGAGAGUUUACGGUCUAACCAGACACCUAGGUAUUUGUAGUUGUCCACAUAUUCUAAGUCAGACCCGCCGAGAGUAGUGAUUCUAGUCGGGCGGGCGGGUGCAAGCAGCGUUCGAUUGAAGAGCAUGCAUUUAGUUUUACUAGCGUUUAAGAGCAGUUGGAGGCUACGGAAGGAGUGUUGUAUGGCAUUGAAGCUCGUUUGGUGGUUUGUUAACACAGUGUCCAAUGAAGGGCCAGAUGUAUACAAAAUGGUGUCGUCUGCGUAGAGGUGGAUCUGAGAGUUACCAGCAGCAAGCGCGACAUCAUUGAUAUACACAAAGAAUAGAGUCGGCCCGAGAAUUGAACCCUGUGGCACCCCCAUAGAGACUGCCAGAGGUCCAGACAACAGGCCCUCCGAUUUUACACAUUGAACUCUAUCUGAGAAGUAGUUGGUGAACCAGGCGAGACAGUCAUUUGAGAAACCAAGGCUAUUUAGUCUGCCAAUAACUGAUAAUCAGAAAGUUAUGAUAAUAUGAUAAUCAGACAGGUCAAUAUGAUAAUCAGACAGGUCAAUAUGAUAAUCAGACAGUUAUGAUAAUAUGAUAAUCAGACAGGUAUAUAUGAUAAUCAGACAGGUCAAUAUGAUAAUCAGACAGGUCAAUAUGAUAAUCAGACAGCUAUGAUAAUAUGAUAAUCAGACAGGUAUAUAUGAUAAUCAGACAGGUCAAUAUGAUAAUCAGACAGGUCAAUAUGGUAAUCAGACAGUUAUGAUAAUAUGAUAAUCAGACAGGUAUAUAUGAUAAUCAGACUGGUCAAUAUGAUAAUCAGACCGUUAUGAUAAUCAGACAGCACUAUAUGAUAAUCAGACCAGUCAAUAUGGUAAUCAGACAGGUCUAUAUGAUAAUAAGACAGUUAUGAUAAUAUGAUAAUCAGACAGGUCUAUAUUAUAAUCAGACAGGUCUAUAAUGAAUGGAGCAUGCUCAGUCAGUACAUUGGGGUAGGGUCUGUUGAUCUGCACUUGGAUAAGAAGAUAAGAGAUUCACAGCCAGACUGAAAUGUUUCCCUUACAUAACUUGAAUGACUGAGUCUGGCAUUUUCAUAGUCGUCCCUGUAGGGUCACAUGUAAAUCUACUGCUCCCUGUAGAGAUACAUUAUGCUCUAUUUAAUUAUAUCUCACCGCCUCUGAAGCUGAUGGAUUCAGUAUGGAGUGGGCUUAUAUUCCACUGGGCUAAAUGAAAGGUAGGCCUACUGUCCUACACAUGAGAUGAAGUGAAGGAUUCUAUGUUCAUCCUUCCUUCCAGAACCCAAGGAGACCCAAUCAAAAUCCGGCACUCUCAUUCCCCCCGGAGUUUCCGUCAGUACCGACGCUCCCAGUGCUCCGAAGGGGAGAGGUCCGUGCUCUCUGAGGUCAAGUGAGUCUAAACUGGUCUCAGGACAGAUCUUAUGGUUUUUCACUCUUCAGAGUCUCACCAGAAACUUUACAUUUACAUAGUGACAGUAGUGUGGUGGAGCUCUUAUUAAUGUCUCUAGGCUGGGAUACAAUCUGAGGCGCAUCGUAGAAUGCUGCCGACAAUGUGUAAAGGCAAUGUUCCCGACGUUCGCAGAGAUUACAUUCACGGUAAACGCUGCAAAUGUCUGCCCAAUCGCAUACUACCUUUAAAUGUCAAGGGCACUGCAACGUUCGUCAAAUGAAAUCCCGUCUCUAGUCUAGUUAUUGUAUGGUUGCUUGAUGCUGAUGGUUCUUUCCUGUAUUGUUCAGCACCUUGAGACAUGAUAAUGGAAGCGACUGUAUGCUUCAUAAAUAAUAUAGUAUGAUUAAAGUGUAACCCUGCUUAUGUCUUCCGACAUCUAACACAUCUCUACCCUCUCCCCAGCGCCCGGACAGACCUGGUUCCCCCCUUACCUGUGACACGCACAGCAGACAUCCCAGGUUCCAGCUCCACCCCCUCUCAGGUCAGUGACAGACCCUUUUUUCUGCCACUUUUUGGUCAAUGCCACACGUACAAGCUCUGACGAAGGCUGUGAGGCAGAAAUCUUCGCAAUUAAUAAAAGUGAUACUUUGCAAGCGUGUAGUGGGGUGAUUAUUUCCUUUGAAUGGCAGUGCUACACGUAUUAAAUACAAUACUAGCUUUUAUUACCACAAACUCUGGUUAAUUCAUCUCCCAGCAUUGAUAUUCAAAACGAUGUGUUUGUUGUCAUGUGUUGUUUUCCAGAAGAAGUACGGAUCUAAAGACACCCUGCUGUCAGAGAUCAUAGAGCGUGACGUAAGGAGCAGCGCCAAGGUGGUGAAGACGGUCCACACUCCCCGGACCAAGGUCGAGACGUGACCUGACAGAAACGCAACCACCACCGCAGAAACAACGCCACAAUCUCAAGCAUGUCAAAAGACGCCUGGUUUCUUGAAAGAAAGAAAAAAGGAACUUGUGAAAUACAAUAGAGAAGGCUGUAUAGAGUACACCGGCUGUGCUGUACACCAGUAACCAACCCCACCUUGCAGUACUCCUGUGUGUAUGUACAGUAGGUGUUAGAUAAUGCAUGGAAACCCCUUUAAGAGGGCAAAAAGGACACUUUUCACAGUUUUGUGCCAGUGUUCUCUGCUGUCUUUUGCACCACACCGACACCGGUAAUCCUGUACAUUAUCUUAAUUUAAACAAGAGCAUUUAAGCUUUAAGGCCCCUUUUGAGUAAGCCUGGUCCCAGAUCUGUUUG